AUCUUCUUGUGGUGGGGCAGCGAGAAGAAUUGCGAGCGAAAUACUAAUUUCCUUACCUAACUGCGUGAGAUAAUCUCCGGUUGGCAUUGUGUGUCGCGCAAUAAAAUCCCCAAAAGCCCAAAGCUUCAAGUGUUAAAUAUAAUAAAAUAGCGAAGAAGCGUGUGUAUUUGCAUUUGGGAAAAUUAAAGUUGAAUUACGUGGGCCGAAAAAUUAAAGACUGAAGGCCAUUCAAGGGUUGUUCAAAGAGAAAAUUCGGUGAAAAGUCACCGUGUGUGUGUGAGUGUGUGUGUGCGUUGCGUGAGAAAAAUCAAUUCUGCAUUUGGUGGAAAGCCGAAAAAGGAGAGAAAAUUGGUGGAGCGAGGAGAAAAGGACACGAAUUAAAGGCUGGUUUUUUGGGGCUGCGAAAAACUCGUGACCGAUGACAAUUUGGCUUGACGAGGGUCUAUUAGCGAAAUCAAUGCCAUUAUGGCUGAUAGUGGAGGAGCAGGAUCCAAGCACAUGGAUCCAACAACCAUAGAUGCCGGCGGGGGCGGAGCAGGAGCAGUCGGAGGCGAUGACGUGCCUCCAGUCCCAGCUGUUCGCCGGCGUCGUGCGCAUGAGCAGAAAUCCUCGAGAGAGCAGGUGCUGGAGGAGGAGGCGGAGAGCCAACAGCUGGAGACAUCGACGGUGACGAGGACCUACAUGAAGACCAUCACCACCUCCCUCACCACCUCGAGUAGCUCCAACGUGGAAGAGUUUAUCCUGGGGGAGCACGCAGCAGGAGCAGCAGCUGCUCCAUCGCCCAACCAGCAGCGAUUGCGUCAAAAGGUGGCCCAGUAUGAGAAGGUCUGGUCGGAUGGCUCCAGUCCCGUGAAGCGUCCAGCCGAGCAGAGCUCUGAUGAGCUGCGUCUGACCGACGACCAGGAUGAGUAUGAUGCCGAGAAUCCAUUCGAGAUCGAUGUCCAUGAGAUUGAGCGCCGCCUGCGCCAGGAGAGGCAACGUGGCUUGGCCGAGGCGGAGGCAGCCAAGCUGGCCUUUCAGCAGGUCCAGCUGCGGCACACAACUCCGCCGCGUCGCGUGGAGGUGACCAGUGACCAGGUGGCGAGUCCCUUCAACGUGACCCUGCGGACCACCAGUCGCAUGAGUCCCGGUGCCGAGCACGGCAAUGUCGAGGAGCACCUGGCGCCGUUCAAUGUGACCCUAAGAACCACUCGAAGGACCAAGAAGAAGGAGUUCAAGGAACUGGAAAACUUUUUGGAGGGCGAACGAACCGUAAGGGAGGUGCCAUCUGCGGACGGUGUGAGGACCAUCAUCACCUCCUCGAUGACCAGCGAUGGCGGCUAUGCCGAGGAGAAGAUCUAUCGCCACGGCGAGGGCUAUGUAUCGCCCAGAGAUUCGCCGUCCUGGUCGCGUUCCAGUUACUCCAGCGAGCGAUCCAGUGUUACGCCACCGCGGAGCGUGGAUCUCACCGCCGGCGGACGAAGGAUUCUGAUCAAACUGGAGCAGGAAAGCGAACUAACCGAGGAGAACCAGACGAGGGACGAGACCGACCUGUCGUUCGGUCGGCAGGAAGUGGCCAUGGCAACCGGCAACAUUGACAUUACCGUCGGCGGUAGCAACCCCCGCCGGCGUUUGUACCAGCAAACAACUGUCCAGGUGGGUGGCGGCAACCGCACCAGCCCUCAGGACUCAACACCCCAAAGACCAAGGGACUUAGACCUGGCCGGCGCCACGAAGACAAUGCUAACAUCCACGCCAAUUGGCACGAAGGAGCAACCGCAAACGGGUCCGAAAACUCUAGUUAGUCCAGCUGCAACGUGCCAAUUGCGCGGUUCUUCGACGGAAGAGCCCCGGAAAAUUGUAAGCCACAAAACGAUAACCAGCACAACGACCAAGUCCACCUCAUCCUCGACCUCGACCUCCGCCACCUCCUCAUCGUCCACGUCGCGUAAACUAAUCGAAACGUCGCCGGUGGUCGUCGGAAAUAUCGCGCAAAUACGCACCGGGAAAUCCAACGCCAGUGACAACGAUAUCGACAUCGAUAACGAUUCGGACACGGAGGGCAGACCCGCCAGCAGUAUAGUGAUUGUGUCCACGCCCACGCGUCCCACCACACCGGCAUCCAUAUCCGCAUCCGCAGUAACCCCAACCGCAUCCAUAUCCGCAACAGCUGCCCACGCCCUCAGUGGCAUCGGCACUUUCAGCAAGAGUCUGCGCCAGGAUUAUCAGACUCUGGCAACGCAAAGUGGCCGCAGCAACGAAUCACCCAGCGACCAGGAAUACCAGGAGUUCCAGUCCACCAUGGCGUCCAUCAAUUACGCCCGCAGCAAUUCCCAGUACGAUAGCCAUAUCAAGGAGAAACGAGAGGAGCAAGAACGUGUGCAGAAGAAGACAUUCACUAAUUGGAUUAAUUCAUACCUAUUGAAGCGUGUUCCACCGCUUCGCAUCGAUGACUUAAUCAAUGACUUACGCGAUGGUACGAAACUAAUCGCAUUGCUGGAAGUUCUGUCCGGCGAACGUUUGCCCGUGGAGAAGGGUCGCGUUCUACGGCGUCCACAUUUCCUCAGCAAUGCCAACACGGCCCUGCAAUUUCUGGCCAGCAAACGGAUCAAGUUGGUCAAUAUCAAUCCCGCAGAUCUGGUGGAUGGGAGACCACCAGUUGUGUUGGGCUUGAUAUGGACGAUCAUCUUGUACUUCCAGAUCGAGGAGAACAGCCGCAACCUAGAGUAUUUGGGUCAUGGUAUUGGCGGUUCGGUUAGUUCCCUCGACAGUGUUGGCAACCAGAAGCACGGCGAUCUAAAGGCUGAGAAGUGGAAGCAGGGUGCCAGGAAGACCCUGCUCAACUGGGUGACUAAUGCCUUGCCAAAGGACAGUGGUGUGGAGGUGAAGGAUUUCGGCGCCAGCUGGAGAGAUGGCGUCGCUUUCCUGGCCCUCAUCGAUGCCAUCAAGGCGAACCUGGUCAACUUGGCUGAGCUCAAGAAGACCAGCAACCGUCAGCGUUUGGAGACCGCUUUCGAUGUGGCCGAAAGCAAAUUGGGCAUUGCCAAGCUCCUGGACGCUGAGGAUGUGGACGUACCCAAGCCGGACGAGAAGAGUAUCAUGACAUAUGUGGCGCAAUUUUUGCACAAGUAUCCCGAACCAAAGGGUGCUUCCCGCGACCAGUCGCAUGUGCAGCAGGAGGCGGACGAACUGCGUCGCUUCCUGGUGGAAAAGACCACUGAGUACGAGCCCAUGGUCAUGAUGAGCUCGUUCCCACGCGAUUUUGGUGAAUAUUUACUGGCACGUUCUGAGGUCGAUGCACAUUUGGCGGCCUACAAUCGCUUGAAACAGCUCAUUGAGAGCCAGAGCGGAUUCCUGCAGGUCUCCCGCCAAUCCUGGGAGGAGAUCAACGAGCUGUGGCAGCGCCUCCAGUACCAGAUGAUGUACUGGCUCUGGCUGCUGGAUUCGGAGCUGCCCGGCGACUUCGGCACCGUUGGCAAAUGGUUAGCCGAAGCUGAGAAGCUAUUAAUGGACAACGAUAUACCCAAUGCUAUGAAUGAGGAAACGGCCGCAGUGAUCAGCAGGAAGCUGGAGGAGCACAAGCUCUUCUUUGCCGACCUGCCGCGCAUUUUGGCCAUGUUUGACAAUGCCAAGCGGUCACCAGUGGCCCAGCAGAUUCCCCUGGAGCAGUUGCGCAACAUGGAGCGUAGACUUCAAGAGGUCGGACCGAAGGCAGCGGAGCGAAGGAUUCGUUUGAAGUUCCUGGAGCACAAGUGCUGUUUGAUUGCCUUCCUCAAUCUGGUGGAGAACAAGAUGCGCGGAUGGACUGGAAAGUAUGGUCACGAGGAGAAGGUGGCCCAACAACUGGAGCAGUACAAGAACUUUGUGUCGCGCAACAAGAUCUUCCAGGAGUUCCAGAAGGCCUUUGUCGAUAUGCAACAGGUGGUGGAGGAGUACAAGCGCGAUGGCAAUGUGCCGCGCAAGGAGAUCAACGACAUCGAUCGAUUCAUGUAUGAAACCGAGGAGCGCUGGAAGCGCGUCUCCAUGGAACUGAAGUGCUGUCAGAACUCCCUGGAGGAAGUGGUCAACUGCUGGCGCAGCUGGAACCAAUUGGCCCCCACCUGCGAGGAGUGGCUGCAGCUGGCUGAGCAAAAGGUCAACCAAAGCGAGGAUGAGCGUUUGGACUUCUUUCAGGAUAUACCCGUUUGGAAGGACAAGUUUGAUGCCCUCGCUAGCUCGGCUAACUAUCUGAUUGCCUCCUGCGAGGAGCCCAUUGCCCAGCAACUGCGUCAGCGCCAUGGAGCUCUCUCUGAGCGAUUCGAGCGGCUGUUCGCCAACACCAAGCAGUACAUGCAUGCUGGUGACAUUAUCCGAUCCCGACAGGAGUACAAGUCGGGCAUAGAGCAGCUGUCCAGAUGGCUGCGAGGAGCCGAAAGCGUUCUGGACCAUCGACAAGUUCUGGGCAACAGUGAACAAGUCAAGCAGUACGGCCAGCAGUUGCAGCAAUUGGCCAGCGAAAUCGAUGACAACGAGGAGCUGUUCAAAACCAUCAGCAGGAACUUCCAAUCUCUGAUCCAAGACCUUUCCCGCGAUGAGGUGGACAAGAUGAUGAAGCUACUCAAGCAAGAGAAGGAAUCUCUGGUGCGCAUACGUGCCCAGUUGCCUGCCAAGCUCCAUCUGUUCCACCAGCUUCAAAUCCAACAGGAAUCCCUGGAGGCUGGACAAAAGGAGAUCCACCAGUGGCUGAGUGAGGCUGAGCAGCUUCUGGGAACCCAUAAUCUUUCCGGAGGCCGUGAUGCCAUCAAUGAGCAACUGCACAAACACAAGACCUACUUCUCGCGCACUGUCUACUACCGAUCCAUGCUGGAGAGCAAGAACAAGGUGUUCCAGAAUCUCUUGAAGGCUGUAUCCUCCGAUGAUAAGAUCGAUACUGCUCCUGCUUCCCAGCAAAUGCAGCAGCUGAACGAGCGUUUCAACUAUGUGAUACAGAAUGCCCAGCAAUGGGAACAGCGCUUGGAUUCGGCAGCCGGUGGAUGGAGUAACUUCAAGGACAACGAACGUGUGGUCAGCGAAUGGCUAACCCAAGCUGAAUCCAUGUUGGUGGAGAAGCACAUCGAAUCGAAGACCACAAUCGAGACACAGAAGUAUUUCUUCGAGCAGGUCAACGAUCGCUGGAUGAAUGAUCUGGUGCAGUCGGCUCAACAACUUCUGACCACAUUGCCCGCCCAGGAGCAACCUGCUGUGGUGCAAAGUGUGGAGCAGUUGCAGUCCCGCUGGAAGAAUGUGUUGUCCCAGGCUCCUUUGCAUCUACUGAAACUGGAAUUUAGACUGGAUGAGAACGCAUUCUAUCAAUCUCUGAAGGAUGUAGAGAAGGAGUUGCAGCUGGAGCAGCAGGCCCUCAAUCGCAAUGAGGAUGUGGACUCUAUACUCCAGCGCAACCAACAGUUCCUUCUGCAACAGGAUGUCGUUCCUCGUCUGGAGCGAUGCCUCCAAAACAUGCAACGUUUGGCCCAGGCCCACAGGCAACAACAGCCCGGUGACAUUAGUCUGGAUCAGGCCUACGACAAUGCCAAGUCGCAGUGGCAACUGUUGUCCAACAAACUGGGCGAUAUGCGUCAGACUCUCCAGCAAAUCCCGGCCCAAUGGCAGGGCUAUCAUCUGAAGUUCAACGACAUGGUCGAUUGGAUGAACGGCGUGGAUCAGAGCCUUAAGAAUAUUGUGAACGAAGUUAAUACCAUGGAGGAAUUCGAAAAGGAGAAGGUGGUCUUCCAGAAAAUCUGCCAGGAUGCUGACAACAAACGCGAGGACAUGAAAUGGUUGGUCAAGACCUUGGACUCUCUGCUUAGCUACGCCACCGAAGAUGAGGCUAAUCUGGAGCAGAAGAAGCUGGAGGAUCUGAUCGCCCGCUACAAGAACCUUAUCCCCACGAUUGAAAUCACCAUGGUCAAGACGGAGGUCUUCUCGAAGUGCUACACUUACCGCAGAGAAGUGCACGAGGUUGUGUGUCUGCUGAGCAAGGUCAAGGAUCAGACUGCCAAUAUACCAGCUCCCGAUAGCCUGGAACGUGUGAAUCGCCUGAUUGAGGAACAGCAGUAUGCCAUCAACCAACUGGAUCACCAGCGUCCGCAUAUCAUGUCCAUGCUGCAAAGAGGACGUGAUCUCAUCAAGGAUGUCCAUGCCCCGGCCUUUGUAAAUGCCGAGGUCAAGAAUCUGGAGACUGGAUGGAAUCAGGCGUACACAGAAACCUCCGACAAACUGCAGGCCCUCAAGGGCACCCAGGCCGUUUGGAGCGAGUUUGUGGACCAGAAGAACGAUAUUUUCUCCAUGCUGCAAACUGCGGAGACGGAGCUGCGUUCCCUGACACCAUUGCAAACCGAUCCCAAGAACGUCAGUCAGGAUCUGAAGUCCAAGAGAGAUCUUAACGUACAACUGCAGCAGGCUUCCCAUCAACUGUUGCCUAAGCUGCAUGCUCUCAAAUCGGAACUGGCUCCUCUGGCCGCAGCCGAUAAGCGUCCCAUCCUAGAGAAGGAAGUGACCGAGGUGGAGAAGAUGUUCUUCAACACCAUGGAGCACGUGAAGGACCGUGUCGGCUAUCUGGAAGACUACAGUGCCAAGUGGAAUAACUACAAAACCCGUCUCGCUGAGCUGCAGGAAUGGGCUAACAAGGUCGCGCCCAAAAAUAUCGAGGCCCUUCAAUCGGAGGACCUCACACCGGAGGAACGUGUGGUCAAGGUGCAGGCCUUCAAGCGUAUCCUUGGGGAUCGCAUGAAGCAACUGGAUCUUCUGGCCGCCGAUGCCUCCGAGUUGGCGCCCAAGGAGGGCAACAUUGCCGAGGCCAAGCGACUGAAGGGAGAGAUUACCAAGCUGCAGGAGGUCCUCAGUGCCAUCAAUCGCAACGUGGACCAUCAGGCGCAGGCUGUGCAGGAGGAUCUUGUCAACUGGCAGCAGUUCCAGGCCGGUCUGCAGCAAAUCAAGCCAGCCGUGGAGCAGAGCGAAGUCAAGGUAAAUAAUGUAGUUUCUAAGCCCAUCUCCCUCGAAGAAGCCGUUGCCAUGCAACAGAAUGCCCAACAAUUCGAGACACAGUGCCAGGAGCAAUUGGACAAGCUCCAUGGCAUAUCAAACAUCAGUCAUAAAAUGUUAUGUAAGACCAAUGCCCCCGACGAAUUGGACGCCAUGCAUUCGCGUUGGACUGCCGUCCAUGAGAACGCGAAGCAGGCGAGCGCCAAGCUCGAGAAGUUGGUGGCCAAUUGGAAGUCAUUCGACGCCGAUGCCGCCAAGCUCGAGGAUUGGGUUGGACAGGGUGAGCAACUAAUGUCCCGCCGUCCAGCUGUCCUCAACACCCCGCACAUUGACAAGCUCGAAAAGGAGCUGGUCAAGCUGAAGUCGUUCAACAACGAGAUCUCGCAGCAACAGGCCAAACUGGUGACUCUGGGUCAAAAUGCCGAUCAAAUCAGUUUGCACUUGGCUCCUGAAGGAGCAGCCGCUUUGAAGGAUCGUGUUAACCAAAUGAAGGGCAAGCUGCAGAAGCUUUCGGAAGCCACUCGAGGUCACAUCAACGAGGUGUCCGACGCAAUUAUCUCCAGGCAGGACUUCAAUGCCAAGUUGGUGAACUUCUCCAACUGGAUGGAGCAGCUUCGUAAUCAGGUCACUCAGGUGGAGGAGAUCAACCCGGAGCGGGUGGAAACCAGUCUCCAUGUCAUCCACGCGCUACUGCAGGAGCAUGCCGAUAAGAAGCCAAGUUUCAAUGCCAUAUAUGAUGAAGUUAAGCAAUUGGCCUUGGGCGCCACUCCCGAGGAGUCGAAUGCGCUGAACGAUGCCUACACCGCUUUGGUGGUGAACUAUCAGAACCUCGAGACCAACAUGCUGCAAAAGAAGACGGCUCUGGAGAAGUGGACGGAGCUGCUGGGCUGGAAGAAUGACACCGAAUCGCAUUUGAACUACCUCAAGCAUCAGCUGGACAAACCGGAAGGACCUGCUGCCGAGGAGCUGUCCAAGGUCAUUGAUGAGAUCGAUAAUUUGGGUCAGGGUAUUGGAUACUGGAAGGGUCAGGCGAAGGAGAUUGACGAAAACCCGGCCAUCCAGUUGAGGGAUGCUCUGUCUCGUCGUCCACUGAUUGCCACCCAAAUUGUGAACGAUGUUGAGAAUAAACUAGAGAAUCUGAAACUUCGCUCGCAGAACCAGCAACAGCAAAUCCAACAGAUGACCGUGCGCAAAGAUAAGUUCCAUGCCCUGGAGCACAACUUUGGACAGGCACUUCAAGAAAAUCGCGCUAAGCUGGACGAGAUUCUCAGACAGCAUCCGACUUUAAAUAACAUCGAUCAAAUCAUUGCCGAUUUGGUAGCUCUGAAUGAUGCCCUGAAAUACCAAGCCGAUCUGAAGAAUCGCAUUCAUGACGAAGGUUCUUUGCUGAUGCGUGAGGAUAUUGCUAGCAUGCCCGCCAUUCAGGAGAGCCUACUUAUCAUGGACAAGAACUACGAUUCUCUGCAGAAUGAAAUAGCUGAUCGCAUUCAGAAGUACAACCUGAUCAGCCAGGCCCUGAGAGAAUAUGCCGAUUCCAAGGACAAGUUCUCCAAGGAACUGAAGAAGGCGGAAGAUCUUUUCAAUGCUAUACCUCAACAGCCACGUGAUGAAACCGAGCUCCAUCAAGCUUCCGAGAAGACCAGAAAGACCAUGGAGCAGUUGCGUAAGUCGAAGCUCAGUUUGGAUGAACUGGAGCGUCGGGGCAACAAUGUGGGCAAGCUCUUCAGUGCCAUUGGAGAACCCAUUCCGCAGGAAGUGCCACAGGAGGUCACAGCCGCCAAGCAACACUGGCAGGAUCUGCACGACAAGACCGCCAAGAAUGCGCAUGUGUACGAGACGGAAGCUGUUAUUUGGUCACAGAUCGAAGAUGCCAAGAAGGAUCUGCUUCCCUGGCUGUCCGAAACGAAUCAGGGACUCUGCGAUGCUGCGGAUAACUCAAUUGAAAUUGAGUUUGGACCCAUGCGUCUGAGCAAGUACCGCACGGAGUUACCUUCGUAUCAGGCUCUUAAGGAUUCGAUAGUGGAGAAAACCAAUGAUUUGGUUAAGAUCAACAAAGGUGCGGAAAUUCCCGCUCUAUCUGCACUCAACAAACUUCUGUCUGAGCAGUUUGCUGAGGUUAACAACAAUGCAGAUCGCCUAAGUGCCAUAACCACCUCAUUCAAUGACCAGGAACAAGAGUUGCGCAGACGUUCGAAGGAAGCUGGCGAGCGGGUGAGCAAACUUCGUGAGCAGCUGAUCAAAUGUGAUGACAUGUCCGGUGAUAAUAACAAGAUCAUGGAGCGUCUUCAGCAAUGCCGUGCCCUGCGGGGUGAGCUCGACAACAGUGGAAACGAAAUCGACAACAUCAAACAAAAGGUUGACGAGCUGCGUAAUCUGUACCCAACUUUCAGUGAGUCCAUCAUACCCAAAGAACUGAACAAUGUGCAGAAACGCUAUGAGAACGUUGAUCUUUACGCCAAGAAGAUUGAAAGUUCUCUGCUGCAGUUCCUCAAGAAGUUCCACGCCGAUAAGGUGGGCAUGCUGAAGCGUAUCAUUGCCACUCAACGCGAAAAGGUGGCCUGGUGUCAGCCGGAGUCCUCCAGUGACAAAUACAACCUGGAUGUCAAGAAGUCCUCUCUGCAGGAAGUCAGCAAGAGCAUUGAUGACUGCAAGGCGCGCCAUGCCGAGACCCUGAAGUCCUUGGAGAUGUUGAAGGCGGUAGAGUCGCCACAGAACCUGGCUGAACUCACCAGCGAUGCCGAGUUACUGCGCAAGGAUAUGCAGGCUCUGCAGGACAGCUUUGACAAAAUCAAGGGAAUCCUUGACGAGAACGUCGAUUUGUGGUCGCAAUAUGAGCAAUCGAAUGAGCAGAUUUCCAACUGGCUGCGUGACGUUGAAGGACGCGUUAAGGCAGAAACUAGCAGCCAAGUUAAUCUGUCCGAGGUUCCUCAGAAGCUUCAGGAAUUGUCUAUCCUCCAGCAGGAUGUGUUGGCCCAUGAGCCCAUUAUUAAUAACCUUGAGCAGACAUCCCAACAGCUAAUUGAAAAGAAUCCUGAGGCAAGAAUUGGUCAGUUUGUCACCCACUUGGUGCAGCGUUAUCAAGCUGUGUCCAAGGCUUUAACCAGCUACAUCGAUAAGAUCCGUGGUGCUCAGUUGUCGAACGCUAACUUUGCCAAGGCCGCCAAGGAUUUCAACGAGUGGUUUGGAGAUGCCAAGAUCGAGUUCCAGGAACUUGCUCGCAUGGGCUCCCCCGGAUCAUCCUCUGCCACAGCUCAGCAACUGCAGACCGUCAAGAAUUACAUCAAGACCUUCGACAAUGGUCAAAUACUCCUGAACAAUGCCGUCGAUAUUGGUGAGGCUCUGUAUCCAGUGGUUUCGCCCGACAAUCGCGAACGUAUCCGUGCUGAUCUUCGCCAGAUGCGUGAGAAGUUCGACUACUUGCGAGAUGAGGCCAAUGCUUUUAUGCAGCAAGUGGAGGGUGUUUUGAUUCAGAAGACUUCAAUCGAAGAAAGCUACACUCAGGUUUCUCACUACCUGAACGAAUCGAAAGCCAAGGUGCCCACCAGUGACGAAUUGUAUCCCACUUUGGCCACCAAAAAGGCUGCUCUCCAGAACUACAAGACCCAGCUGCAGGAGAUCACCCUGCACAAGAAUGCUCUGAAGCAGUUGCACGACAAGGCUGUGACCCUUUGUGAUGAUGAGUCCGAGAGGAAGACCGACGAGUCCAUCCAGGAGUAUAACACGCUCUCCAAGAAGAUUUCCGAUAGGAUUACAACAGUGGGAAAUCAUGUGGUCAAGCAUGAAGCCUACGAUCAGGUCCUGGAAAAGGCACAGGACUGGCUGAAUACCAUCAAGUCCGAAGCCAUUGAUAUCCUCAACGAGACGACAUUUGAAAAGGAAGGCGCCGAGGAGAAACUGCUGGUUGUCGAAAAUCUUCUGCAACACAAGCCCGAGGGUGAUUCCAUUUUCGAUACCUGCCACAAGUUAUUGGAAACGGUGCUCACACAAACCCAUCCCAGUGGCCAUCCAGCUCUGCUGAAGGGUUUCGAGGAACCGAAGCAGUCCUGGGAGGACUUUAUGACUCUUUGUCAGGAUUCGUUGGUAAAACUGAAGCAGCUUUGCUCUAAAUGGGAUGAGUUUGACACGAUCAUUGAGGAGCUAGACAACUGGAUGAAGAAUGUCGAGGCGGUGGUUAAGAACCAGAACCUCAAGAGUACGGCGGAAGCCAAGAACUCCCAUUUGAAGCAGCUUCAGGAUAUUUCAAAGGACAUCGAACGUCGCGGUGCGGCCAUCAAUGAGCUAAUGGAUCAAGGCCGUGAGAUUGAGGGUGAAACCGAUUUGAACCUUAAGUUGUCUCGCCUGAAUACUCGCUAUCAGACCCUGAAGAAUCUGUGCAAGGAAUCGAUAGCCAAGUAUGUGAACUAUGUCAAGGAUCACGAAAGCUUCGACAAGGACUUUGAUUCAUUCAAGAACAAUCUUCAGUCCUCGGUCGACGAGCUGGCCAAGACCAAUGAAAUUGUGGGCGAUCAAAGCGUGCUGCAGGAUCAGCAAAAUAAACUCCGUGAGAUGUCCGACAAGCGCAUUUCGGAUUCCACUCUGUUCGAAGGACUCAUCGAUCGUGGCGAGAAACUCUAUGGUCACACCAGUCCGGAAGGCCGUGAAAUCAUUCGUCAGCAAUUGCGUGCCCUGCGAACCCUUUGGGACAACUAUACCGAUGAUUUGAACUCGGCGACGCAAAAGAUCGAUCAGUGUUUGCUGCAGUUUAACGAGUUCAGCAUUGCCCAGGAUCAACUUACCAAGUGGCUGAAGGAUGUGGACAAGGCCAUGCAGAGUCACACCGAACCCAAGACGACGCUGCAGGAGAAGCGCGCCCAACUGCAGAACCACAAGCUGCUCCAUCAGGAGAUCACCACACACAAUGUUCUGGUUGAUAAUGUCUGCGACAAGGCACAAAUACUGGUCGACCAGAUCAAGGAUAACUCAUUGAAUGUGUACUUGACCUCGAUCAAACAGCUUUUCCAGAGCAUAGUACAGAAGUCGGAUGAAAUCUUGCACAAUCUGGAGGAUUGUGUUCAGAAGCACAAUGAAUUAAACAACGCUCUGUCCUCAGCCAAAACUUGGAUUUCGAAUGAGAAGGCCAAAUUGCUGGAGUGCGAUGAUGCUUAUGGUGAGAAGGCGGACAUUAAGCGCAAGAUCGAAACUUUGGGACAAUUGGCUCAGAACAAGCCACAGGCAAUGAAAAUAAUCAGCGAUAUCCGUGAUCUCUUUGAGAAGGUGAAGGCUACGACCUCCGAAAAGGGUAAUGAAGUGCUGGACAAGGAGAUCGAGGAGUUGGAGACCACCAUGAAGAGUCACUUUGAUGACAUCGAGGGCAUUGAAGGCAAACAGAAGGAUGUGCUUGCCCAGUGGGACAAGUUUGAAAAGGCGCUGGAGGAACUUACCAAGUGGUGCCGCAGUGCAGAGGCAGUGUUCCGUGAACAGCAACUGCAGUCCACGCUCCAUGAGAAAGUGGAGCAGCUGGAGAAGUACAAGAUUCAAAGGGAGUUGAUACUCCAGAAGGAGAAGGAGAUCGAUGCCUUCGGAGAUGCUGCCCACGCUCUGCUUAACAAUUGUGGAGCCGAUCGUCUAAAGACUCUAACCACUCAGAUCACCAAUCGGUAUCAGCUGCUUCAAGUCCUCAGCAAGGAGGUUGUUAACCGCUGGUCAAAUCUGGUCGAUGAUCACCAGUUCUAUCAGGAUAAGUACAACGAGGUGGACUUGUGGCUACAACCCAUCGAAUCGCAGAUGGCGAAGGUCCUUUUGGAUGAGCCAACCCAGAGUUCUAACAUUUUGCAAGUGCUGCUGUCUGAAAAGGAGCAAGCGGAGAGCUUAUUUGCUGCUCUAAAUGCAGCUGGAGAAAAGGCUCUUCCAGAGACAUCCACUCAGGGUAGGGAGAAGAUCCGCAAGGACCUGCGCGAUAUCCGCGAUCGCUGGGACAAACUGGACGAGGGCAUUCGCAACCUUGAAAAACGCCAGGAAGCGCAGGGAGUUCAGCUCUCCAGCUACCAGGAUAUUCUUAAUCAAACCGUCAACUGGUUGGAUCAAGUGGAGAAACUGAUCCACAAUGAGAACCCUGCUAGCUGGACCAGUGCCCAAGAGAUCCGCUCCAAGUUGUACAAGUACAAGGCCACCAACCAAGACAUCAAUUCGCAUAAGCGCAUAGUCGAGGCUGUGAAUGAAAAGGCAGCAGCUCUACUGGGCAGCGCCGCUCCAGCCAAUGCGGAUGAGAUCUCCAAGGCGGUGGCUGAGGUGAACAAGCGAUAUGAUCAAGUGGGUCAGGACUGUGCCAAGUUGGUUGCCGAUCUGGACGGAGCUUUCGAUGUGUACCAGCAGUUCAGUGAGCUGCAGAAGGCUCAACAGGACUACCAGAAGAAUCUUUGGGAUCGUCUUACCGGCUACUCGGACUACUCAGGCAAUAAGGCAGCUCUGCAAGCACGUCUCCAAAAGAUCAACGAGAUCCAAGAUGCUUUGCCGGAGGGUGUGGCCAAACUCAAGUCCCUGGAGGAUCACAUUGAGCAACAGGCCAGUAAUAUACCCGCCCGAUCCAAGGAGGCAAUGGCCCGUGAUCUGGCCAACUUGCAUGCUGAUUUUGAGAAGUUUGGCGCUUCGUUGAGUGACGUAAAGAGUGGACUAGAGAAUCGUCUACAACAAUGGAAUGAUUACGAAAUCAACUUGGAUCGACUGAUCACUUGGUUGGGCGAGGCUGAGAAUUCCCUCAAGAACUACAAUCUGAAAUCCUCGUUUGAGGAGAAGGAAGAACAGCUGAAUGGUUUCCAAUCUUUGGCUCAGAAUUUGCGUCAAAACGAAGCUGACUUCGACAAGGUGAAGGACGACACCUCAGAGUUGGUCCAGAGUUCUGGUGAAACAAGGAUUGCUGUCAAUGUGCAACAGGUUUCGUCGCGGUUCCAAUCGAUACAGGCUACAGCUAAGGAGAUUCUCAAGAAGUGCGAGCAGGCUGUCCAGGAUCAUGGUCACUUCAAUGACAAGUAUAAGCAGUGCGCCGACUGGUUGGCUAAUGCUCAGGCCCGUUACGAUGAUUGCUGUGACUUGUCCACAGUGGCAUCUCGAGACGAUCUUCUCAAGAAACAACUGGUCAUCCAGGAGCUUCUGGCGCAGCAGCCAACAGCUACCCAGCUUCUGAAUAGCACCGUUGAGCUGGGCGAGAAGUGCUAUGGGUCCACAGCAACCGAAGGACGCGAGGCCAUUCGUAGUCAACUGGAUGAUCUGACAUUCGAUCAGUUGUUUGACAACAUUGCCAUCACGGCAAGAAAGAUUCAGGAUAAGAUCGCCAAGUGGUCUGGCUUCGAUGAGAUCGCUGACAGCCUGAAGAGCUGGUUGGAUGAAACGGAGAAUGCCCUUCCAGCUGAUAUUGAGCUGAAAACCACUCUGGAUGAGAAACGCAAUAAACUGCAAACCUAUCGUGACAUCUUGAACGACAUCAACAAUCACCAGGUGGAGUUGGGCAAUCUUCAGGAGAUUGCCGCCAAUCUGCCAGAGAAAACAGACCUUGUGGACCAAAUCCUUAAGGAUAUUGCUGACCGCUUUGGAAAGCUGCAAAAACGUGCCCAGAACUACGUGGAGCGUUACGAGGGUAUUGUGAGUGCACAUCAGCAGUACUCCAAGGCUGUUAUGGAUGCUCAAGAGUUUAUCGAUGCUACCCUGAAUACUGUUCACUAUUGGGGCGAUCUGGAUCUGGAACAGAUCUCACUGCACACGAACCUCGAUCGCCUAAAGAAUCUGAAGGCCAGCUUGGCCGAUGAGUUCCCGCGAGUUGAUCAAGUUAGGGCUUUGGGCGAGAAGGUUAUUCCGGGUACAGUGGAUGUGGGACAGGUGAACAUUAAGUCCCAGAUCGACACCACCCAGCAAGAGUGGGAAAGCUUGCUGACCACCAUUAGCUCCACAAUUGAAGCGAUUGAAGCUCGUCUACAGCAUUGGUCGGAGUACGAGCAAUUACGUGACCAGUGUUUGGCCUGGAUUCGUGAUACGGAUAACAACCUUCAUGCUAUUGAUCUGAAGGAGGAUCUGCCGAAAAAGCGUGCUCAGUUGGAUGCACUGAAGGCCCUCCAAGGAGAUGUACGCGCCAAGGAAUUAGAGGUUGAUAAUGUCACGGAGAAGGCCCAAACCCUUCUGAAGGGUCCCAGCAGCAAUCGUGCCUCGGGUCCUGAGUUGGUAACCAAGUACCAGCAGAUCUUCCACAAGGUCAAGGAGCUCAACAACCGCUGGCAGCAGUAUGUUACCUCACACGAAGAUUUUGAUAACGCCAUCUCUGAUUGCUCCUCUUGGAUCAAUGACAUCAAAGAAAAAUUGGACUAUUGCUCCGACAUGUCAUCUAUGAGUCCCAAAGAAUUGGAUAAGAAACUGGCCACUAUUCAGGAUGUUAUCUUGCUGAAGGACGAAGGUUCUGCGCGUGUUUUGAAGAUCUUAGAGCAGGCCCAGCAUGUUUUGGCUAACACCGCGCCCGGAGGUCACGAAGCCAUCAAUAAGGAACUUACAGAUCUUCAGGAUCUCUGGUCCGGCAUCGCUCUGCGCAUCAUGGAUGUUAAGUCAAAUCUGGAUGACUCCAUUACUCAAUGGUCUGGUUUCCUGGACCAAGUGCAAAAUGUUCGCAAGUUUAAUGAGUGGUUGGAUGGUCAGGUAAAGGAGUUAAGUGAGCAUCAAACAACCAUGACAGAGAAGCGAGCUCAAUUGGAUCGGGUUAAAUCUACGGAGGAGAAGGUGCGCGUAGAGAAGAUUGAUGUGGAUGCACUCAAGAUCCAAGCCAAGGAAAUGAUUGCCAGUGGUCAACAGAGUCAGGCAGCCUUCCAGGCCCAAAAAGUUCUGGAUACGUUCGACGAGCUCUUUGCCAAGACCCAGAAAUUGCUGUCGGAUCGUCAAGAUCAGUACAGGGAUCAUCGAUUGUUCAAGGAGGCCUACGAUGAUCUGGUUAGCUGGAUUGGACGAGCCCGGGAGAAGUUCCCGUCGUUGAAACAGAGCAGCUUAAGCGAUAAAUUGGCCAUUGAAAACGCUGUCCAAGCUACGGAAGCUCUUCUCAACAAGCAGGCACAGGGUGAACUCCUAGUGGAGCACUUGGUCCACACUGGAGAGGUGGUGCUGGCCAGCACAUCUGCUCAAGGUCAGGAAAUCAUUAGGAAUGAUAUCCGUGCUCUGCGCGACAGCUUCGAGGGCUUGUUCCGUGAAAUCAACCAGCAGAAGGAGAACCUUGAAGUGACCAUGGUUCAGUGGCGAGCCUAUAAGGAGGAAUAUGAACGUCUGAUGGAAUGGCUCCAACAGAUCGACAUCCUUGUGAAGAACCACAAACUGAACCUGUGCCCCAACCUACCCGAGAAGGAGAAGCAGGUGGCUGAUAUGAAGGAUGUAAUGUCCCGUCUCGAGAAAGGCAAGGAUGACAUCGAUAAGUUUAAUGCUUCGGCUGCCAGUCUGCUAAAGUCCCAUUUGGAUACUUAUGUAAACAAUCAGCUAAGGCACUUGAGCUCCGUGUAUCAAGUACAGGUGAAUCUGGCCAAGGAUGUUCUCAAGAAGGUGGAAACCAACCGGGAUCAGCAUCGUGAAUACGAUGCCAAUAUGAAAUCUGCCAAGGAUUGGAUAGCAAAUGCUAAGGCUACAAUUCAGUCGGCGGGUGAAGGAGCAGGUUCCAAGGAGGCCCUGCAGCGUCGCCUGGAGCAAAUUCAGGAUCUGAUUCGCAACCGUGAGCUUGGCCAGAAUUUGGUGCACACCGCUAUCAAUAAUGGCGAAAAGAUAAUAAGGAACACUCGCUCCGACGGACGUGACGCCAUAAAUACCGAGAUGAAGGAACUGCAAACCGAAUGGGAUCGCCUGGUGAAGAAAAUGUCCACAGCCAAGGUGCAGUUGGAGACCAAUCUGUUGCAAUGGGCUGACUACAGUUCCAGCUACUCCCAGCUGCAGCAAUGGAUUACUGACAGGGAGGCCAAGUUGCAGCAGGCUUGUGAGCAGAAGAUCGUUAAGUCCAAGAGGGGUCAACCUGGUCUCAGCAGUGGAUUGAGCGAGCGCAAGGCCAAUCUCCGCCAGACGAACAACAUUGUCCAGGAUAUUGUGUCAUUUGAGCCCAUGAUUCAGUCGGUUACCUCCAAGGCUUCGGUUCUUCAGCAGGGUGCUCCGGGCACUGAAAUCUCCGAUAAGUACGAGAAUCUUACCAAGCAAGCUAAGGAUUUGUACGAGAAACAGAAGAACACCAUCGAGAGCUAUCAGUCCUUGAUUGACGCGGGCAAUGAAUUUGCCACAUGGUUGAGAAAUGCCAAGGAACGAUUGAGCAAGUGCUCUGAACCCACCGGUGAUAAACAAGCUCUGGCCGAAAAGACCCACCAGCUGAAGAUUCUGCAGGGUGAGCUGCCGGAAGGCGCCCAGAAACUUAAGAAUGCUCUGGAACAGGGCGAGAUCGCUUGUCGCAGUGCCGAGCCCGAGGAUUGUGAGAUCAUCGAGCAGGAAGUGGCUCUACUUCAAGAGGAAUUCGAUGCCUACAGGGAAGCUCUUAAUAAGGCCAAGGAUUACCUGGAAGUGGGUAUUGUCAAGUGGUCCGACUACCAGGAUCAGUACACCGAAGCUUUGGAGUGGUUAAGUAAGACCGAAGCUUUGGUGCAAUCCUACAACAAACUGCAGGAUAGUUUGAUCCAGAAGAAGGUUGUCCUCGAGCAAUUCCAGGGUCAUCUGCAGACCCUAUUCGACUGGCAGAAGACUUUGGAUGAUCUGAACAUGAAGGCGCAGGUUCUACUGGAGACUUGCUCCGAUACAAGAAUCAGCAAUGCUAUCAUGCAACUGACCACCAAAUACAAUGCUCUACUCACUCUGGCCAAGGAGGUGAUGCGCCGACUGGAGAUGCACUAUCAGGAGCAUCAGCAGCAUCACAGUCUGUACGAGGAGUGCCAAUCAUGGAUUGAGAAGACCCGUGAGAAGCUUUCCGAGUGCGAACAAAUUCCCGGAACUCUCAACGAGGUUCAAAUCAAAUUGAACACCGUGAAGAACCUUCGCCAAGGUUUUGAAACCGGUCAGAAUAAGCUGCGUUAUCUCUUGGAGCUCAAGGAGAAGGUGAUAAUGAACACCGAACAAAAUGGUGCAGCCAAGAUCCAGGAAGAUACCGAAGCCCUAAAGCAGGACUUUGACAAACUGUUGGUGGAUCUGAACGAUGUUCGCCAGAAAUUGGCCAAUCGUCUUGCCCAGCUGGAGGAGAUCUUCAAGCUGUACAAGAUCCUGGUUGAAUGGCUGGAGGAUGUGGAACCGAGUGUCAAGACCAGUGAUGAGUUCCUCAAUGACUUGAGUGAGAAACGAGCUGCGCUGGAGAAGUUCCGCGUCAUUCAGCGAGAUAUCAAUGGACACAAUGAUAUUGUAGAAAAGAUCAAUCAGCGGCUUAAGGAGGACAACAGUUUGGACCUUAAGGAUUUCCAGCCCGGCUUGUCCAAAUUCGAUGACCUGCAGACCCAGGUGAACAAAAUCAUCGAGUCGCUGGAGAACCAGGUAAACAGCCACGAGAAAUACAAGCAGGCCUACAAUGAGCUGCAAGAUUGGCUGCGUCGCACUCGCAUUGAGGUGGAGCAGUGUGCCGACUGCCAUGGCGAGAAGGAUCAAGUGGAGAGUCGUCUGAAUCGAUUGGGAGAUAUACAAUCAUCAUCUCUGGAGGGCAAAGCCCUUCUUGAAGCUUGUGAGGAGCUGAGUCAGUCGGUGAUUGCCACCAGCGGAAGCGAAGGCCAGGACAAUGUGGCCCAGGAGAUCAAGCAUCUCACCUCGGAGUGGGAGACCCUCCAAUCUUUAUCCCGCGAUGCUCGCGGCAGCUUGGAAUCCUGCUUGGCCGCCUGGCAGACCUUCCUGCAGAAGUUCAACAAGAUCAACCUUUGGAUCGAAACGAUGAACAAGCGCGUUACCAAAUCCCAGGAAGGCGAGAACAAGACCCCCGAAGAUUUGGUUAAUGCCAAGAAACUGCUUGAGGAAGUGCUGGCCGAGAAGGACAAUGUGGAGGACCUGAACGACAACUGUGAGCUCCUCAUGGAGCAGAGUGCCUGCACUCGCAUUCGUGACCAGACCAUCGAAACCCAGGCCAACUACACCAAGCUCUUGACUUCUGCUCAGGGAUUGGUUGCCAAGAUCGAGAAGAAUCUGUCCGAUCACACCGAGUUCCUCAACUAUAAGAAGGAAAUGGACGCCUGGAUCGAAAAGGCUCAACAGGUCCUCGACGAUUGCUCCACUGAUGGCGAUGCUGCCAUCAUUGCCCAAAAACUAGAUACGGUCAAUUCCUUGGCUUCUCGUCUUCCCGAGGGUCAGCAUCUGUUGGCCUUGGUGCAGGAUGCCUACUCGAAGGCUUCGAACAUCACUCCUGAGGAUAAGCAAGAGAAGCUGCGGGAGCUGAUGACCAAGGUUCGCGAGGAUUGGGAUGCCCUGGGACUGGCCGUUAAGCAAAAGUUGAGUGACCUGAAGCAGGCGCAGACUCGUUGGAACGAUUUUGCUGCCAACAAGGAUAAGCUUGAGAAGUGGCUCAAUGAAACCGAGACGACUCUCAAGGUGGCACCGGAAACUAAGGGUGAACUGAGCGAAAUGAAGACCCUGCUGGAGCGUUACAAAACCCUUUCCAAUGAACUGAAACAGAAGGGUAACGAGCUGGAGCAGCUGCAGUCGGAGGCUCGCGACCUGGGCACCGAAGUGGAUGCAGUGAAUCGCUUGCAAUCGCGAUGCGACAAGCUCAAGAACGAUUGCUCCGCACACAUUACGGCGCUGGAACAGGAGAUGUUCGAUUAUAAUGCCUACCACCAGAGUCUGCAGGAUGUGGAGAAGUGGCUGCUGCAGAUUUCCUUCCAGUUGAUGGCUCACAAUUCGCUGUUCAUCUCGAAUCGUGAACAGACGCAGGAGCAGAUCAAACAGCACGAAGCACUAUUGGUUGAAAUUCAAAAGUACCAGACCAAUUUGGAUGACUUGAAUGCCAAGGGUCAGGCGCAGAUCAAGCGUUAUGAAUCCUCAACACCAGCCAUUCGUCCCACUGUGGAGUCACAGCUGAAGAAUAUCCAGGAUAGCUAUAACUCCCUGCUGCAAACCUCAGUGCAGAUCAAGAACCGCUUGUUGGAAUCGCUGGCCAAGUUCCAGGAAUACGAGGACACUUUGGACAGCAUAAUGCGUAAUCUGGAGACAUAUGAACCCAUUAUCCAGACCGAACUGGAUGCUCCGGCCACCAGCCUGGAGUUGGCUCAAAACCAAUUGAGGUGUGCCCAGGAAAUGCAGAACAAGCUGAACAACGAGAAGUCCCGACUGGCAGCUGCCGUUCAGGCCUGUGAGGCAGCCACUGCCUCCAUCAGUCGACCCAGUUCUCCACUGGAAACAGCCAUGCAGGCUAUUCCCGAAAGGGAGCUCAUUGUGCGCGCCAAGCUCGAGGAUCUGCUGGAUCAGAAACCGCCUCCAAAGACUCGGAGCUCAACCAGAGGUGUCAACAGAGAUGAUGAUGAGGACGAGGAUGAUGUUGAGAUUCAGGUUGAGCUCAGCGAUGUGAAUGAGGCGCUUUUGGAUCCCAUUGCCCACGAGCGUGUCAUAAACUAUCGUCGCAUAGUUCGCUUGAAUAGCGCCCAUGUGGGCAAGCUGAAUGACUUAGUUGCUAAGGUGCAAUCCCACUUGGGUGGUUUGACUGCAUCCGUUAGCGAACUGGAGCAACAGCAGAAGCAGCGCGCCGAGCUGCAGGAUUGGGUGAAGAAGCAGCAGAGCUCCGUCUCGGAUUGGAUGAUGCGUCCUUGCAAACUGCGUCCGGAGGCAGCUCAACAGGAGCUGGUGUCCAUGAACGAUUUGCUAAACUCCAUCGGUGACAAGCGGUCCCAGUUGAUGCUGGAAAUGACAGGAUCAUUGGGUGACGAGGAUACCGAUUUGGAUGAUAACAUUGACAAGCUGGAAUCGGAACUCAUGGAUGCCAUUGCCAAGAAGCAGGCUGGUCAGAAUGUAAUCGAUGGCUAUCGCCAGGGAAUGGCUGAUGUCCAAAACUGGUUCGAUACCCUGAUCAAGCGCAUGGACGUUUUGGAUCGCGGCUCGGGCUUGAAUUGUGCCCAGAAAAUGGCGGCCAUUAAUGAGAUCAAGAACGAAUAUGAGCUGCAGGGACACCCCAAGAUUCAGGAGCUCAAGGGCAAGGCAGCGCAGGUGGCGGAGGUCAUCAGCAAUCUCGACGGUCAGCAAGUGGAAGAGCAAAUGAAGUCACUGGAUCGUCGCUUUGCUGAUCUCGGCAAGCGCAUCGAUCGCAAGGCUCAACUCCUGGAUGUGACCAACAAGGGUGUGGAAGGAGCCAAGGGCGAGAUCGAUCAACUCCAGAACUGGGUGAAACAACAGAUUGAGGAGCUGCAGGCACCCACACCAUUGGGUUACACUCCCAAGGAUGCCGAGGCACGCCAGCAGAAGAUUAAGAGUCUGAUGAAGGAUGCCGAGGCCAAGCAAUCCCUGGCCGAUGUCCUUGAGAAGCGUGUGGCCAACAUGCAGCAGGAAUUGGAACCCGUUGAGUACUCCCAACUGGAGUCCGCAUUGCGUAAUCUCAACACUGAGAACCGCAAUCUAUCGGGAGUCCUAAAGGCUGAACUGGAUCGUGCUCUGGAGGCCAGCAAGGCUCGAAAAUCCCUGGAAAACGAUCUGGACAAGGCACGCCAGUGGCUAAAGACCAAGAUCUCCGAGGUGCGCAAGCUGCCCGUGUAUCACCCACUUACCUCUGCUGAGAUCGAGAAGAAGAUCCAGGAGAACCGGAAAUACGAUGACGAUGCCAAGCAGUUCAAUGACAGCGUUUUGACUGAUGUUCAACGCCAAGCGGCCAACAUAAUGAAGGAUUGCGAUGAUGCCGACAAGGCUGCACUUCAGCAGAUCCUGGACGAAAUCGCUGCCGACUAUCAGACCCUCAAGGAUGAGAGCAGCAAGAGAGGAAAGUCUCUGGAUGAUCUUCUGCAAGGUCGCAAAGCCUUUGAGGAUUCCAUGAAGAACAUGGGCGAUUGGUUGAACGAAAUGGAAACCGCCACCGAGGGUGAGCUGCGCACCACCAGUCUUCCCGUUUUGGAGGAGCAGCUGGCCCAUUACAAGAAGCUCCUCAGUGAUGCCGAGAACAAGGGUGGUCUUAUCAACGAUGUUUCGGAGCAAGGAAAGAGCAUCCUGCCCACACUCAGCAAUGCCGAUAAAUUGAAACUCAACGACGAUAUCAAGAACAUGAAGGAUCGUUAUGGCAGAAUCAAGAAUACCAUCGAUGAUCGCGUGAAUGCCUUGGGUGAUCACAUCAAGAAGUACAAGGAUGCCAAGAGCAGGUUGGCCGAGUGCAGUCAGUUCUUGGGCAAUAUACAGCAGAAACUCAGGGAACUCAACCGCCCGAUUGGGUCCAGGAUCGAAGAUGUCCAGGACUUGUUGGGUGCCUAUGAGGGAAUACUCAAGGAACUCAAGGACAGCAAGAGCAAAAUGGGCGAUAUGCAGAUGGAUGAUUUGCCCGAGUUGCAGAGCAUUUUGGCCCAGCAGGAUGAUAUGAUUAAACUGAUUGAAGAUCAGUUGGCCCAUCUUCGCCAGCUUCUGCUGCUCCGCGAGCAGUUUAUUGCUUUGAUUAAUGAGAUUAUUGCCUUUAUCAUGAAGUACACCGAUGUUAUCAUUGACAUUGAAAACUCACCUGAUAGUCUGGAGGAUAAGAUCAACAAGUACGAUGAUGUGAUUGUGAAGAUUCAGGAGUGCGAAGGCGUCUUGGCUUCGGCCAAUGACAAGGGCCAGAAGAUUGCCUCCGAGGGUAAUGCUGCCGAUAAGAACAGCAUUACUGAGCAGUUGCAGUCCCUGAAGAAUCAGCUGCAGAAUCUCCGCAAGGCGGUGGAAUCGCAGCGCCAGAAGCAUCAACUCCAGCUGGAAUCCCACAAGAAGAUGGCCGCCGAACUGAGCGAAAUCCUCGACUGGCUGCACAGCCACGAGGGAGCGGCCAAGUCACGUCCUCUACUGGAUCGGGAUCCCGAGUCUGUGGAGCGGGAGCUGCAAAAGCACCAAGCUCUCAGCCAGGACAUCGAAUCCUAUCUGAAUAAAUUCAACAAAAUCAAUGAUGGUGUCAAAACCGAAAUUGGCAUGCCAAGUUCCCUGUUGGAAAUGCUCUCUGAGGGCAGAUCCCUGGUGGCUUCACUGCCCCACGAACUGGAGGAGCGUGAAAAGUAUCUGAAGAACAACCGCGACUCUCGCUUGGAGUACAUGCAACUGGUGGCCAAGUUCAAUGACUGGGUCCAUGAGGCCGAGUUGCGCCUGCAGAACAGCCAGCAUGGCAUCGACUACGAGCACUUGGUCCAGGAUCUCGACGAACACAAGAUCUUCUUUGGCAAUGAGGCACCCAUCCGUAACCUGGUGCACAAGCAGAUCCAGGAGGCCGCCGACAAGAUCUGGUCCUCGCUGAACAACUACGAGCAGUCGGAACUCUCGGCGGAGUUGGCUCAGUUCCAAACCAAGUUGACCAACACACUGGCCAAUGCCAAGACCCAACAGAGUGAGCUGGAGAAGGAGGCGGAACGCUGGCGGGAAUACCAGCAGUCCAUCGAUCGCGUCAAGGCCACCAUUGAACGUACCAAGUUCGUUGAUGAGCCCGUCCAGAAUUUGGCUGGACUCCACUUCAAUAUCCAGAAGCUGUCGCACGCCAUUGGCAAUGUUCAGAGCCAAAACAGCGACUUAUCGCUAGUCAACCAGCAGGCCCAAUCGUUGAUCCGCCAGGCGGACGCCCGCAAUCGCCAGCUGAUCGAGCAGGAUAACGCCGGACUGAAUAGAUCUUGGCAGGAUUUGGUGCGCAGCCUGGAACAGCGACGCGACAACCUGCAACAGUUGGCCGAACAUUGGGACGGCUUCGAGAACAGCCUGCACGCCUGGGAAAAGGCACUUGGUCGACUGGAGGACAAGUUCCGCAAUGUCGAUCCGACUGUAAGAUCCCGACGUCACUUGGAAGAUACGAAGAAUGCCAUUCAGGAACUACGUGAAGAAUCAAAUCAACUUAAAUCAUCACAUAAAGAAAUCGAGGCGCUCUCUAAAUCCAUCCUCACAUUCCUUGGGGAAGUACACAAACCCUCGGCGGAGGCCAUACAGGCCAAAGUGGAUAAGUUAGUUGGACAGCAGGCCAAAUUGAACGACACUCUGCGCGAUAAGGAGCAACAGGUUAGCAAGGAUCUCGAGGAGAUCGAGCAAGUCUUCCGUCGCAUCUCGCAGCUGCAGGACAAGCUAAACGCGCUUCACGAGCAACUGCAAUCGGUUCACGUCUACGACGAGCACAUAGCCCAAACGGAACAGCUCCUCAUCACACUGAACAGCCAGGUGCAGCAGGCAGCCGAGGAGAGCAAAUCACUGGUGGCCCAGACAACGGCCCACUACCAGGCCAAACAGAAUCAGCUGCCCAGCGACAUUGCCCAGGAGUUUACGGCUCUUGAGCUACUUGCCGAACGCGUCCAGGUGACCAUGGAGACCAAAGAGAAGGAUUUCAAGCGGGCCAAGACCGUGCGCACCGAAUAUAUGGACGGUGUGGACGAGGUGCAGCGUUGGCUGCUCCAGGCAGAGGUGCAGGUGCAGGAGCGAAGCCUCACACCCACACAGAUGAAGGAGCUGCUGCAGCGCAUUAACCACGAGAUAACCGCCAUCUACGAACGCUUCACCCUGGUCAAGACCAACGGCCAGCUGAUCAUCGAGAACUGUCGCAACAGCGAGGAGAAGACGCUGGUGCAGACGACCAUCGAUCAGUUGGCCGCAUCGCUGGCCCAGGUACGCGGCUGGCUGGACGAGAAGAAGCAGGCGGUGGGCGAUAGUCUGGACGCGUGGACGAGGUUCAUGAACCUCUACCAGAUCGUGAUGUCGUGGGCAUCCGAGAAGCGCACCUUCAUCGACCAGACCAUCGAGCUGCGCACCCUGCCUGAGGCACGCAACAAACUGAACGACUAUGUGACGGCUGUGAAGAGUAUUAAACCGAUUGUGAAGCAUCUGAGCGAAAUGGACAAGGAACUGGAGCACAUUGGCCAAGUGACGACUGUGGGCGAUCUCAAGGACAAACUGCAGGAGGCCGAGGAUGCGAAGAUAUCCGUGGAAGCGGUGCUGCUAGAGAGGAACUCCCUGCUGCAAGAGGCCUGCGAGGAAUGGGACCAAUGUGAACGCAAGAUUAAGGAUAUACGCUCCUGGCACGAAAAGACGAAGCAGGGACUGGACUCCUCGCAGCAGCAGAAGAAACCGCUGCGCGAUCAGCUCGGCUUCUGUGAGAAGACCCUGGCCGAUAUCAAUGUGCAGAAAACGAAACUGAGACUGUCCAUCGAGAAACUGGAGGUUCAUUUCCGCAAUGGCAUGGGCGGUGAUCCGCGCCUGAGCGAGAACGUCGAUGAUCUGGUGCGCGUGCUCGACGGCCUCGGCGAAUUGGUCAAGGCCAAGUCGCAGAGCCUCGAGCAGACGCUGGCCCAGAUCGACGUUUACCAGCAGCAGAUGCAGUCCCUGCGCCAGCGCAUCAUCCAGGAGGAGCAGCAGCUCCGCCUGGUGAUGGCGCCCACGUACUUGCCGCACGAUCGCGAGCGCGCAUUAGCCGAGCAACAGGCAAUGCGGGAAUCAAUCGAUGGCAUGCAGCAAGUCUACGAUGCGACCGCUCGAAAGUCCUAUGCGCUGGAUCCCCAUUCAGUGGUGACCACUUCAUCGACUGUCUCGUUGCUUAUGAAGCCAACGGCGGCAGUAGGUCUAACCUAUGCUGAAGUGCUGUCGGGACAUGCGAGUCCGGUAAGCAGCGGUAAUGAAUCGGUAACCAAUUCCCGACCAGAACGAGACCCCUCCACGACGACAACCACAACGACAACACGGCAGCAACAAUCGAACGAUACUCAGAAUCGGACCACUAUUACAACCAUUAAGACUACCACAACUACGACUACGACUUCGAGAAGUACGCACGGGGAUGACGAUCAAAGCCAGGAGAGACAAGAGCUCAAUGGCGGUGGCAGCACCAUACCCACAGCAAACUAUAAGCGCACCCAACAGGUCACACCACCCAGCGAGAAUACCUCAAACACGGUUCCUAACACAGCUACGACAACGACAACCAAUCCCAACACCCAGUUCAUCGAAAGCGAACAGAGACACCAGCAUCACCACGCGAAAACGGGUAAGAAGCUUCAGGCACCGCGGCCAGAACGCCGUGGACGAUCUCCCAGACGCCGACCUCAACAGCAGAAACCAGUGGAAUCAUCUCAACAACCCUCGAUCGAAAUUCAAUUGGAGCCACAGCAACCACAAGAACAGGAGCAACUCUUCUUGCCAGCUGAUGACCGAACUAGAUCCCGCAGCCCCAUGUGGGUACCAGGAUCGACUUCCUACGCUGAGGUUCUUCGCGGACUGGAGCUGGAGCGGAUCAGGGCCGAACAGCAGGCCGCCCAGGCAGUUCAGGGACGUUCCGAUCUGACCAUUCAGGAUGUUGUGGACGCUAGCGCAGAGGUUGUAGGCAUUACUUACAUACCCCAACCAGAUCCAGAGCCCAUCAAAGAAGCGCAGCAACAGCCACCACAACUGGAACAGUAUAUCACCGAAACGAGCACAUUACUUGACUACUCUACUCCCCAGCAACAGGAACAGAAGCCCCCACUUAAUUACGAAGUCCCAAUGACUGCCGAAGAGAUUGCAGCCACCUACUUGCAGCCCGAUCCGCAGUUGUAUCAGACGAUGUACGAAAACGUGGCCGAUAGCGGUCAGUGGGGUUAUGUCACGGGUUCGGCGACGGAUCCACAGCAGCAGCAGGCUCCACAGAACUACUACGAGCAGAUAAUGCAGAUGCAGCAGUAUCCCAUACAGUAUCAACAGGUGGCUGUCCCACCUGCCACUACGCAAUAUCAGCUUUUACAAGGUUACUAUCAGCCGGUGGCUCAGACGGAGGCCUAUUCCACGGUGUAUCCGGCGGAACAAAAUCAAAUCUAUUACGCACCGCAAACGACGGAGUACUCACAGGAAUAUUCACAGCAGCAGCAGGAGCAGCAAGUCGAGCCUAUGCUUGAAUACCAGCAGGAAACAGUGGAUCAGACAUAUCUGCUUGAUCCAUAUCGCGUGGAGAGCACUCUGCCCUCGACGACCGGCAACAGCGUGCUGGAUCGCGUUGUUACCACACUGGCAUCGAUCGUUCAACAGAGUGCUGAGCCCCUGACCACCAGCACCCAGCAAAUCGAACCUCUUGCUACUGUGGUCCAGAGCGAGCCGUACUAUAUUGAAGAGCAUGUUCAAAUGCUGCGACCCGUGGAGCCGCAGGAACUUGAGCUGGACGAACCGCGACCUGAUAUCACAUUUGGUCAGUUUGACGUUGAUGCUAUUGAAACCAUACCAUUGGAUGAACCACAAGCUCCACAGACCCAAGUCGAAACACAGUCGCAAGUCCGUACUCAACAAACUAUUACGACAACCACCUAUGUAACAGAGACUUCAACUGUCUCCGAACAGACACAGCAGACUCAGGAAGUCAUCGCGAUACCAGAUAUCCCACAAAUCCCCACGGAAGAGCCCACAAAUAUUGUGGUGCACCCCCAGCCUCAGAGGCGAAGCAACCAACAGGUCCGGCCCCAGGACAUUAGCACAGGCAGCACUUACGCCGAAGUCCUCUUCGGUCUCCACCACAAAGAACAUCCAGUUUUCCAGCCAUCCAGUCAGCAACCGACCCCAGUGCGCCUCACGUCCUCGCCGCCUUUGCAACGCAGAGCAGAACAGGCUGGUACUAUCAGUACCACUGCUUUUACCAGUAAGACUACCCAACCAGGCCGACAUGUCGAGAAAUCGUCGACAUGGGAACACAAGAAUGACAAUGUGGACUCACGAAACUCGCGAAGUAAGAGAGUGAGGCACGAAGCUCAACCGGAACCACUACCGAUUAAACAGAGUACCAGGAAAGACGGUAGGACGGUUAGGAAACCCCAGUCCCCGGAUACAAAUGGUGUUGCCUCGGUCGAAACCAAAGUUGUUGUGGAUGCUCCAGCUCCCAAUCCUGUAGUUGAAGAGACUUCAAAGCCUGAGCCAAAGCCCAGAAAAUCGAAAAAGUCUAAGAAGACUACUGAUAAUGUGGUUGAAUCAGCCGUCGCUAUUUCAGUGCCAUCUAAGAAAGAUACGCAAUCGGUUCUUCCCUCUGUAGAGAAAAAGGAAACUGUGGUCGAAAAAUCUGUGAUAAAGAAAACCGUUGAGCCAUCCGUUGAGCCAGUAGAACCAGUUCCAGCUCCCUCGAAGAGAGAGAAGAAGCAAAAGCUGGUCAAGGAAAAGGAAACUCCUCAGUCAGAUGUACCGGUUGUUGAAGUGGCACCAGUCGCUCCAACCAGAAAAGAGAAGAAACAAGUCAAGACAGUUGUUAAGGAUGUUGAAACCACCAUUAGGAAUGAACCAUCGAUUGAAAAGGAGACUGCUAAGCCAGCUGAAGUUCCAAAGACACAAAUAAAGCAAACGAAAACUAUGGUCGAGACGGUAGUUGAAAAGAAAGUUCUCCAACCAGUCCUUACUGAGGACGUAGAGUUAGAAAAGCCUCCAACACCGACAGCGCCUUCGAAGAAGGACAAGAAAAAGAACAAGACAGUUGUUGAGCAAGAAGUGAUUAGGAAGCCAAUUGAGACUGUUAUUGAAAAGGAGGUAGUAACGCCAACUGUGAUUGAAACAACCGAUGUUUCUCAAGUAAAGGAACAACCAGCUUCUCCUACUUCUUCGAAAAAGGAAAAGAAACAGUCCAAAAAAGUUGUUGAGACCUCUGUCAUUGUCACAGAAAAUGUGGAACCGGCUGUUCAGCUAGAGGCUGCUCCCGCAGUGUCCACAAAGAAGGACAAAAAACGGGCUAAGAAGGAACCUAAGGAAGAUAUUGAAGUUUCUUUGACAUCGGAACCGUUAGUUUCUGUUCAGGAAACCGUUGAAAGAGUUGAAACCUUAUCCGAAACAAUUCCUGAAUCAAAAUUAGAAGAAGAAAAGGUGACAAUUCAAUAUGAAAAUGGUUUUUCAGAUUUAGCACCUACAACAACCAACACUGUAACCGAGGAUUUGGCAUCUUCGAUAGAAGUUGCACCCACCAAUAUAACUGAGACCAUUAUCGAAGGCGAGCCCACGGUUACCACAUCGACCAAUACCAUCUCAACGGAAAGUGGAACUACAACUAUCACAACGCGAACAAUAACCAAGCAUAUUACCAAGCGCAUAGUGAAGCGUAUUGUGGAUGGUAAGGAGGAGAUAGUUGAGGAAGACGUCAUUGAUGAUUUGCCGGAAGAGAACAUAUGCGUGGAGCAGUACAAUCUACCAACAAUCGAAACUACCACCAAUGAGGUGCCCAUCGAUGUGACAGGAUUCGCUACAAGCCAGGAUACCAUCGUGCAGCAGGGAUCGAUAACUAAGACCGUUAUUACCAAGACAAAGCGCAUCCUGAAGCGCAUCACCGAAGACGGAGAGGAAAUAGUUGAGGAGGUCUUUGAGGAUGAACCCGAGGUGGAGCGCGACAUUACACUACUGCCAACUACAGUGGUGACUUCGUUGGAUGUCAUUAAGGAUGUCGCCCAUAAUGUGGUCGAGGAAGUUAUUAAACAAGCUGAGGAAAUAUCGCAACCUGAAUUGCAAGAAUUGAUCGUGGAAAAGCCUGCUAAGGUAGAAAGUCCCGCUGAACCAGAAGUUUCCAGCGAAGUUGUUGUUGAGCAAGAACAAAAUAAGCCACAGAAGCCUUCGAGAAAGGACAAGAAGAAGCAAAAGGAGACCAAACCUGAAACUGUAAUCGAAACGAAGAUUGUUGAAACUGUCAAGCCGCAACAAGAAAUCGCAGAACCCCAACAAGAAAUCACAGAGCCCCUGAACACAACAAGUGCAAUUACAACGGAUAAUAAUCAAACCCUUUCGUCGGAGCAAACAACUGUCAGCGAUGAUAGCGGCCUCAUUAAGACUACAGUUAUUCGUACAACCAAAAUCGUAAAGAAAAUCUCAAACAAUCAGCAGGAAAGUCAGGAGAUGACCUCUUCCACCUAUUCAGAUGCACCCUCGUCUUUGGAAUCUUACGAUUUGGCGGAGGAAGCAAAAGAACCAGCCAAGAUUGAAAAAUCAGAGUCGAACAGCCGCGAAAUUAGCGAUGAGGGCGUGGUUAAAACCACUAAAACCACAACUACCAAAACAAUCAUAACUCCCAAGGUAGAAGAAGUCAAAGAGGAACCAGCAUUGGAAGUGACAUCCACUGUGUCGCCUCCAAUUGAUACUGAGUCUGAGGAGGGUGGCGUAAUAAAAACCACUAUUGUGCGUACCACCAAAAUUGUCAAGAAGAUUUCCAAUGAGACCGAAAAUGUCAGCGAGACAAGCAGUGAACCCGAGGUAUCUCUACCAAUUGUGGAAACAGUCAUUCAAGAUGCACCUGUAGUAGCUGAAUCGGUUACAACCGAGUCGAAUAGCGAGGGUAUAACCAAGACCACAACGACGCGGACUACAAAGGCUGUGGCCAAGACUGUCAACGAAAAUGAACGAGAAAUCCUUAAUCUACCGGAUGUUCCUGUUGGCCCUAUUGACCCAGAGAGUACAACCGUUUUGGGUGUAAUUGAAACCGUCGAACUGCCAGAAGUUCCGGAGGUCCCUAUUGGAGUCGAGGACAAGCUUCUAGUCACGGCAACAUCUACUAAACGUUCCCAGGCUAGUCAAGAAAAGUCAAAAAUUUUGGACUUUAUUAGCGCUGAACAGAAUGCGACUGAUAAAUAUACAGCGCCUGUGAAAACCGUCAAGGAGGUUCCAGUUAUCGAGGAGCUUGAGAACAGUUAUCCGAUUGAAGAAAGUACGGCCUCUGAGCCAGAAUCUUCAGGUGUUGGGGAUGUUGUCAAGACCACAAUUGUUCGAACAACGAAAAUUGUUAAAAAGGUAACCCAAAACACGGAACAGAGCGUCAAUGUGAUCAUCGAUGCUCCUGAGCCGGAGACUGAAAACACGGAACCAGAAGAGCCUGUUGAGGAGGCUAGUGGUGGUGUGACUAAGACAACAACUGUGCGUACUACGAAGAUCGUGAAGAAGCUGAAUGAAGAUGGAGAAACAACCACGGAGGAGACCAGCACUGCCAGUGACCCAGUGACAGUGCGCGAAGCUUCGCCAGCUUUUUCGGAAGUUCCGAGCGAUACUUCAACCACAUCUAGCCAAAUCGAUGGUGCAAUUAUCAAAACUACGACGAUUCGCACGAUGCGCAUUACAAAGAGGGUUUCCAAUGACGGACGUAUUCACCUUACGGAAAGCGAGAACCCAAGUGAUGUAAUCGUGACUUCUAGCAUCGAAAUGCCCGACCAACGACCAAUUAGUCCACUUAUAUCGUCGAGGUCAUCCUCCCCUGCUGUGACGCCUAGUUCCGAACUCAAGCUAGAUAAUUUGGGUGCAAAUAUUCAGUUAGGAUUGAAAGACAGUCCGACCGGGGUCAAGGUUAUUGGCAUCGAAACCAGCACAGAGAACUUGCCAAAGCUUUCUGAACAGCAGUUCGCUACAAGCAAGACUAAUGGGGACAUUAACGAGACGGAUAGCAUUACCACUACUACGACGACUACCAAGAAUACGAUACUUACGACUACGCAACGACGAAGCUUCGAAACCGAAGAUGGCACAAAUGUUCUUUUCGUGGGAGAAGGCAUUGACGGUGCAUAUCCACCGGGCACAGUUCAAAAGAUUUCCCUUAUUACCCAUGAAGAGAAGCUGAAGACACCUAUUGUGAAAAUGCAUCUUGAUUUUCCGGAGGUUAGUCUUCGGGUGACCGAGACUGUGACUGAAAAUGUGGAAUCCCUGCAAAGAACAGCCGAAAGUAGUGAAAAUUCCGUGAUUGAAGUAGUUGAAUUGUCCAAAUCUGAAGUUCCAGAAGCAAUAGAAUUAAAGCCAGCUCCCGUUGAUGAUCAUUCUACCAAUUUAGACGAACUAGUCAAGAUCCCAGAAGCGACCCCAACAGUUUUACCCGAAAGUAAUCCUGCAGAACUAAGCCCUGAAGAACAGAAGCUUUUCGAGGAUAUUCAGAAGAAAUUGUCUAAGAAAGAUAAGAAGAAGCGCCCCGCCAUUCCAGAAGAAUUUAUUAAGCAAGAAACGGUUCAGGUUAUUCUAGAAGAAAGCAAAGUUAAGCAGGACCCUGUUGCCCCGACUGUAAAAGUAGAAAUAGUUUCCGAAGCUCCACUUGUUUCCACCACUGAUGACGGCGAGGUAGAUACUAAGCCGAUCCCUGUUCCAGAGUCAGAGAAACUGCUCAACAUUUCUGAAGACUCGUCCCUAAUCUCAACCUCUAAGUUAAUCGAGCAAAUCAAUUCAGAAAUUCUUUACCACGAGUCUAUAGUAGAAGUUGUCCCUGUUUCUACCCAAGAAGAAGUGCAAGUAGAAAAUCCAUGUGAAACUCAAUCAAGUCCUGCUCCUACUAAUAUCGCUAAUGAAAUUGUUCCUGAUAAACCAAGCGCAUUAAUUACUGAAGCAUUUGUGGCUAACACGGUAAGCACUUUAAGUAUAAUCACUAAUAUUGAGAAACUUUCACCUUUAAACAAAAUAUUUGAAAUUCCCAAAUUUGACAUAUCCAAAUUUACUAUUGCUGAGGGUAAUUAUCACAUUAUAAAUUCUAAAGCUAAAGCAAUUGAGAAGUUAAGUCCUACCGAACCUGAUCCUGUAUCGCCACCAAAGUCGGUAAGCUUCGACAUUGACACCGAAACAAAAGUGGAAUCUACCGUCACCGACGUGGGUUCAACAACAACACAGGUUUCCAAUGUAGACCAACAAAAAGAUAAUAUUCCAGCUAUAUACCACUUCGAGAUUCCCAAAUUUGACAUACUGUCCCUUAGUAAGGCGGAAAGCAGACAGAGAACUCUACAAGCUUACGAGCUUCAGGAAGCUCCAGUUCAAGACAAAUCCGAAACCAUUACAUCUGCCACUAAAACAGAAAAUGCGAAGUACUCCAGCGAAACUUAUAUUCCUGAGGAUCCCCAGAAACCCGAACCAGUUCCUGAGCCUCAAAAUGAGGAAUCUGUAACAGAAGAAUUCGUCAAGCCAAUAAUUAAAGCUCCACUUGAAGAUGAAAGCUUUAUAACUGAGACCACAACAACAAUAACGACCGAGUCUGUGAGCAAUACUUCUAUUCCUCAGACACUAAAUGAAGUAACUGUUGUCGAAGAAGUAGUCGAGGUUAAGCCAAUUGUUGGACAGGAACCAGUUCCUGAGCCACUGAAGGAAGAAACUCCUGUGGAAGAAGUAGUCGAGGAUAAGCCAAUUGUUGAUGUUUCUGUUAACGACGAAUCCAAGACCAUUACAACAGUUACGACCACGACAACAACUACCGAAACCAUAAGCGAAGUACCUAUUUCCGAGGAACCCAAGAAGGUAGUAGAACCGGAGAAGAAACCUGAAGAACCGAAAAAACCAGCAUAUGCCGGUCUUCCCGUCGAUGACUCUUCUAGCUCGUGGAUGGAUGUCUUGGAUGAACCCAUGAACUUCUCUGACGAUGAAGAGGAACCAGUUUCUGAGCCACAAAAGGAAGAAACUAUCGUCGAAAAAGUAGUAGAAGUGAAGCCAAUUGUUAACAAUUCGGUUGUGGACGAAUCCAAGACCAUUACAUCAGUAACAACCACAACAGUAACUACCGAAAACAUUGAAGUUCCUAUUUCCGAGGAACCCAAGAAGGUAGUAGAACCGGAGAAGAAACCUGAAGAACCGAAAAAACCAGCAUAUGCCGGUCUUCCCGUCGAUGACUCUUCUAGCUCGUGGAUGGAUGUCUUGGAUGAACCCAUGAACUUCUCUGACGAUGAAGAGGAACCAGUUUCUGAGCCACAAAAGGAAGAAACUAUCGUCGAAAAAGUAGUAGAAGUGAAGCCAAUUGUUAACAAUUCGGUUGUGGACGAAUCCAAGACCAUUACAUCAGUAACAACCACAACAGUAACUACCGAAAACAUUGAAGUUCCUAUUUCCGAGGAACCCAAGAAGGUAGUAGAACCGGAGAAGAAACCUGAAGAACCGAAAAAACCAGCAUAUGCCGGUCUUCCCGUCGAUGACUCUUCUAGCUCGUGGAUGGAUGUCUUGGAUGAACCCAUGAACUUCUCUGACGAUGAAGAGGAACCAGUUUCUGAGCCACAAAAGGAAGAAACUAUCGUCGAAAAAGUAGUAGAAGUGAAGCCCAUUGUUGAAGCUUCUGUUGUGGACGAAUCCAAGACCAUUACAACAGUUACGACCACGACAACAACUACCGAAAACAUUAUUGAAGUUCCUAUUUCCGAGGAACCCAAGAAGGUAGUAGAACCGGAGAAGAAACCUGAAGAACCGAAAAAACCAGCAUAUGCCGGUCUUCCCGUCGAUGACUCUUCUAGCUCGUGGAUGGAUGUCUUGGAUGAGCCCAUGAACUUCUCUGACGACGAAGAGGAACCAGUUUCUGAGCCACUGAAGGAAGAAACUCUUGUGAAAGAAGUAGUCGAGGAUAAGCCCAUUGUUGAAGCUUCUUUUGUGGACGAAUCCAAGAGCAUUACAACAGUAACCACCACAACAGUAUCUACCGAAAACAUUAUUGAAGUUCCUAUUUCCGAGGAACCCAAGAAGGUAGUAGAACCGGAGAAGAAACCUGAAGAACCGAAAAAACCAGCAUAUGCCGGUCUUCCAGUCGAUGACUCUUCUAGCUCGUGGAUGGAUGUCUUGGAUGAGCCCAUGAACUUCUCUGACGACGAAGAGGAACCAGUUCCUGAGCCACUGAAGGAAGAAACUCCUGUGAAAGAAGUAGUCGAGGAUAAGCCCAUUGUUGAAGCUUCUGUUGUGGACGAAUCCAAGACCAUUACAACAGUUACGACCACGACAACAACUACCGAAAACAUUAUUGAAGUUCCUAUUUCCGAGGAACCCAAGAAGGUAGUAGAACCGGAGAAGAAACCUGAAGAACCGAAAAAACCAGCAUAUGCCGGUCUUCCAGUCGAUGACUCUUCUAGCUCGUGGAUGGAUGUCUUGGAUGAGCCCAUGAACUUCUCUGACGACGAAGAGGAACCAGUUCCUGAGCCACUGAAGGAAGAAACUCCUGUGAAAGAAGUAGUCGAGGAUAAGCCCAUUGUUGAAGCUUCUGUUGUGGACGAAUCCAAGACCAUUACAACAGUUACGACCACGACAACAACUACCGAAAACAUUAUUGAAGUUCCUAUUUCCGAGGAACCCAAGAAGGUAGUAGAACCGGAGAAGAAACCUGAAGAACCGAAAAAACCAGCAUAUGCCGGUCUUCCCGUCGAUGACUCUUCUAGCUCGUGGAUGGAUGUCUUGGAUGAGCCCAUGAACUUCUCUGACGACGAAGAGGAACCAGUUUCUGAGCCACUGAAGGAAGAAACUCUUGUGAAAGAAGUAGUCGAGGAUAAGCCCAUUGUUGAAGCUUCUGUUGUGGACGAAUCCAAGACCAUUACAACAGUUACGACCACGACAACAACUACCGAGAACAUUAUAGAAGUUCCUAUUUCCGAGGAACCUAAGAAGGUAGUAGAACCGGAGAAGAAACCUGAAGAACCCAAAAAACCAGCAUAUGCCGGUCUUCCCGUCGAUGACUCUUCUAGCUCGUGGAUGGAUGUCCUGGAUGAACCCAUGAACUUCUCUGACGACGAAGAGGAACCAGUUCCUGAGCAACUUAAGGAAGAAACUCCUGUGGAAGAAGUUGUUGAAGAUAAGCCAGUUGUUGAAGUUUCUGUUAACGACGAAUCCACGACCAUUACAACAGUUACCACCACAACAGUAACUACCGAAAACAUUAUUGAAGUUCCUAUUUCCGAGGAACCAAAGAAGGUAGUAGAACCGGAGAAGAAACCUGAAGAACCCAAAAAACCAGCAUAUGCCGGUCUUCCCGUCGAUGACUCUUCUAGCUCGUGGAUGGAUGUCUUGGAUGAACCCAUGAACUUCUCUGACGACGAAGAGGAACCAGUUCCUGAGCAACUUAAGGAAGAAACUCCUGUGGAAGAUGUUGUCGAGGAUAAGCCCAUUGUUGAAGCUUCUGUUGUGGACGAAUCCAAGACCAUUACAACAGUUACGACCACGACAACAACUACCGAGAACAUUAUAGAAGUUCCUAUUUCCGAGGAACCUAAGAAGGUAGUAGAACCGGAGAAGAAACCUGAAGAACCCAAAAAACCAGCAUAUGCCGGUCUUCCCGUCGAUGACUCUUCUAGCUCGUGGAUGGAUGUCCUGGAUGAACCCAUGAACUUCUCUGACGAUGAAGAGGAACCAGUUUCUGAGCCACUGAACGAAGAAACUCUUGUGAAAGAAGUAGCAGAGGAUAAGCCCAUUGUUGAAGCUUCUGUUGUGGACGAAUCCAAGACCAUUACAACAGUUACGACCACGACAACAACUACCGCGAACAUUAUUGAAGUUCCUAUUUCCGAGGAACCUAAGAAGGUAGUAGAACCGGAGGAGAAACCUGAAGAACCCAAAAAACCAGCAUAUGCCGGUCUUCCCGUCGAUGACUCUUCUAGCUCGUGGAUGGAUGUCCUGGAUGAACCCAUGAACUUCUCUGACGACGAAGAGGAACCAGUUCCUGAGCAACUUAAGGAAGAAACUCCUGUGGAAGAAGUUGUUGAAGAUAAGCCAGUUGUUGAAGUUUCUGUUAACGACGAAUCCACGACCAUUACAACAGUUACCACCACAACAGUAACUACCGAAAACAUUAUUGAAGUUCCUAUUUCCGAGGAACCAAAGAAGGUAGUAGAACCGGAGAAGAAACCUGAAGAACCCAAAAAACCAGCAUAUGCCGGUCUUCCCGUCGAUGACUCUUCUAGCUCGUGGAUGGAUGUCUUGGAUGAGCCCAUGAACUUCUCUGACGACGAAGAGGAACCAGUUUCUGAGCCACUGAAGGAAGAAACUCUUGUGAAAGAAGUAGUCGAGGAUAAGCCCAUUGUUGAAGCUUCUGUUGUGGACGAAUCCAAGACCAUUACAACAGUUACGACCACGACAAUAACUACCGAAACCAUUAGCGAACUUCCUAUUUCCGAGGAACCCAAGAAGGUAGUAGAACCGGAGAAGAAACCUGAAGAACCGAAAAAACCAGCAUAUGCCGGUCUUCCCGUCGAUGACUCUUCUAGCUCGUGGAUGGAUGUCUUGGAUGAGCCCAUGAACUUCUCUGACGACGAAGAGGAACCAGUUUCUGAGCCACUGAACGAAGAAACUCUUGUGAAAGAAGUAGUCGAGGAUAAGCCCAUUGUUGAAGCUUCUGUUGUGGACGAAUCCAAGACCAUUACAACAGUUACGACCACGACAACAACUACCGAAACCAUUAGCGAACUUCCUAUUUCCGAGGAACCCAAGAAGGUAGUAGAACCGGAGAAGAAACCUGAAGAACCGAAAAAACCAGCAUAUGCCGGUCUUCCCGUCGAUGACUCUUCUAGCUCGUGGAUGGAUGUCUUGGAUGAGCCCAUGAACUUCUCUGACGACGAAGAGGAACCAGUUUCUGAGCCACUGAACGAAGAAACUCUUGUGAAAGAAGUAGUCGAGGAUAAGCCCAUUGUUGAAGCUUCUGUUGUGGACGAAUCCAAGACCAUUACAACAGUUACGACCACGACAACAACUACCGAAACCAUUAGCGAACUUCCUAUUUCCGAGGAACCCAAGAAGGUAGUAGAACCGGAGAAGAAACCUGAAGAACCCAAAAAACCAGCAUAUGCCGGUCUUCCCGUCGAUGACUCUUCUAGCUCGUGGAUGGAUGUCUUGGAUGAGCCCAUGAACUUCUCUGACGACGAAGAGGAACCAGUUCCUGAGCAACUUAAGGAAGAAACUCCUGUGGAAGAUGUUGUCGAGGAUAAGCCAAUUGUUGAAGUUUCUGUUGUGGACGAAUCCAAGACCAUUACAACAGUUACGACCACGACAACAACUACCGAAACCAUUAGCGAACUUCCUAUUUCCGAGGAACCCAAGAAGGUAGUAGAACCGGAGAAGAAACCUGAAGAACCGAAAAAACCAGCAUAUGCCGGUCUUCCCGUCGAUGACUCUUCUAGCUCGUGGAUGGAUGUCUUGGAUGAGCCCAUGAACUUCUCUGACGACGAAGAGGAACCAGUUUCUGAGCCACUGAACGAAGAAACUCUUGUGAAAAAAGUAGUCGAGGAUAAGCCCAUUGUUGAAGCUUCUGUUGUGGACGAAUCCAAGACCAUUACAACAGUUACGACCACGACAAUAACUACCGAAACCAUUAGCGAACUUCCUAUUUCCGAGGAACCCAAGAAGGUAGUAGAACCGGAGAAGAAACCUGAAGAACCCAAAAAACCAGCAUAUGCCGGUCUUCCCGUCGAUGACUCUUCUAGCUCGUGGAUGGAUGUCUUGGAUGAGCCCAUGAACUUCUCUGACGACGAAGAGGAACCAGUUCCUGAGCAACUUAAGGAAGAAACUCCUGUGGAAGAUGUUGUCGAGGAUAAGCCAAUUGUUGAAGUUUCUGUUAACGACGAAUCCAAGACCAUUACAACAGUAACCACCACAACAGUAACUACCGAAAACAUUAUUGAAGUUCCUAUUCCCGGGGAACCCAAGAAGGUAGUAGAACCAGUGAAAUCACCUGAAGAAGAAGUCAAACCAAAGCCAUUGUCUUCUAAUAUAUGGGAACAGCAUUCGUCAUAUGCUGAUGUCUUGCGUCACACUGUGGACUUCAUAAGUUUAGAAAAGAAUAAUGUAGAAGUCCCAACUGAAUCCAAUUUAGGUAAAGUGCAAACAGUAAAACAGCCUGCUAAACUUCCAGAACCUUUGAUUAAAUCAAAGGCAAAGAAAGAAAAACCGUUAAAAAAGGAAAAGGAAGCUAAAAUUUUGACGCCUAAAGAAGAAAUUAUACCAAUCGAAAGUGAAUCAGCUAAGGAUGAAACAAAAACUUCGUGGUCAACAAUGGUCGAUAAAGAUUUUGAUGAAAACGUUCAAACAAACAUACUCAGUUCCGAUAGCACUUUGUGGUCUUCAAUUGUCCGACAAGGUGUCCAGGAACCUAUUACAAAAAUGACACAAUCUGCCGACCAUGAUGUUAAAGUGGUAGAACCUGCAUUCCAGAACUCGCAAGAAAUAAACAAAUUCAUUUCACACGAAAGGAGCUCCGAAGUGGUUGAAAAGACAAAGAAACAAAAAUCAAAGAAGGAAAAGAAACACAAUAAGAUGGAAUCAGUGGUUGAAGUGGGUUUAGAACCAUACGUUGAUGGUACUAUCAUGCGCGAUGAUCCUAAAACACAGCAAGAUGCACAAAUUCCGUCCGUUGUGGAAACUUUACCAAUUCAACCCAUGUCUUGGUCAUCUAUCGUCUCACAGAAUAUGGAUGUCACCACAAAUGUAACAGAGACUCGAAACACUGCUCAGCCUGAAGAUAAGAAAUCCUUAGAAGAAAAACCAACCAAACCAAAAGCAAAGAAGGAAAAGAAAUCUAAGGUUGUGCCAGCUUCGAAGCCCAUUGUUGAAUCUGCAGUUCCUGAGGCCGUUGUUGAACCCACUGUUGAACCCACUGUUGAAGUGAUUUUUGUUGAGGAACCAGUUGUUGAGGUGACCACAGUUGUUGAAGAAGUAACGCCCGAGCCACAACCAGAACCCACUCCAGUUAGUGAGGUGGCCCCAUCGCAACCACUAUCAUGGUCGUCUAUCGUUUCUCAAUCCACGGAAGUUACGACAAAUGUAACAGAGACUCGCUUCACGGAAGAACCUAAAGAGCAGAAACCUUUAGAAGAAAAACCAACCAAACCAAAAGCAAAGAAGGAAAAGAAAUCUAAGGCAGUGCCAGUUUCAGAGCCCAUCGUAGAGUCUCCAGUUCCUGAGGCAGUUGUUGAACCCACUGUCGAAGUGACUUUUGUUGAGGAACCAGUUGUUGAGGUGACCACAGUUGUUGAAGAAGUAACGCCGGAGCCACAACCAGAACCCACUCCAGUUAGUAAGGUGGCCCCAUCGCAACCACUAUCAUGGUCGUCUAUCGUUUCUCAAACCACGGAAGUUACGACAAAUGUAACAGAGACUCGCUUCACGGAAGAACCUGAAGAUAAGAAACCUUUAGAAGAAAAACCGAAAAAACAAAAAGCGAAGAAGGAAAAGAAAUCUAAGGUGAUUUUGGAUCCAGAGCCCAUCGUAGAGUCUGCAGUUCCUGAGGCAGUUGUUGAACCCACUGUUGAAGUGACUUUUGUUGAGGAACCAGUUGUUGAGGUGACCACAGUUGUUGAAGAAGUAUCGCCCGAGCCACAACCAGAACCCACUCCAGUUACUGAGGUGGCCCCAUCGCAACCACUAUCAUGGUCGUCUAUCGUUUCUCAAUCCACGGAAGUUACGACAAAUGUAACAGAGACUCGCUUCACGGAAGAACCUAAAGAGCAGAAACCUUUAGAAGAAAAACCGAAAAAACAAAAAGCGAAGAAGGAAAAGAAAUCUAAGGUGAUUUUGGAUCCAGAGCCCAUUGUAGAGUCUGCAGUUCCUGAGGCAGUUGUUGAUCCCACUGUUGAAGUGACUUUUGUUGAGGAACCAGUUGUUGAGGUGACCACAGUUGUUGAAGAAGUAACGCCCGAGCCACAACCAGAACCCACUCCAGUUACUGAGGUGGCCCCAUCGCAACCACUAUCAUGGUCGUCUAUCGUUUCUCAAUCCACGGAAGUUACGACAAAUGUAACAGAGACUCGCUUCACGGAAGAACCUAAAGAGCAGAAACCUUUAGAAGAAAAACCGAAAAAACAAAAAGCGAAGAAGGAAAAGAAAUCUAAGGUGAUUUUGGAUCCAGAGCCCAUUGUAGAGUCUGCAGUUCCUGAGGCAGUUGUUGAUCCCACUGUUGAAGUGACUUUUGUUGAGGAACCAGUUGUUGAGGUGACCACAGUUGUUGAAGAAGUAACGCCCGAGCCACAACCAGAACCCACUCCAGUUAGUGAGGUGUCCCCAGCCACCUCGCAGCCAAUAUCAUGGUCGUCUAUCGUUUCUCAAUCCACGGAAAUUACGACAAAUGUAACAGAGACUCGCUUCACGGAAGAACCUGAAGAAACGAAACCCUUAGAAGAAAAACCGAAAAAACAAAAAGCGAAGAAGGAAAAGAAAUCUAAGGUGGUUUUGGAUCCAGAGCCCAUUGUAGAGUCUGCAGUUCCCGAGGCCGUUGUUGAACCCACUGUUGAAGUGACUUUUGUUGAGGAACCAGUUGUUGAGGUGACCACAGUUGUUCAAGAAGUAACGCCCGAGCCAGAACCAGAACCCACUCCAGUUAGUGAGGUGGCCCCAUCGCAACCACUAUCAUGGUCAUCUAUCGUUUCUCAAUCCACGGAAGUUACGACAAAUGUAACAGAGACUCGCUUCACGGAAGAACCUGAAGAAACGAAACCCUUAGAAGAAAAACCGAAAAAACAAAAAGCGAAGAAGGAAAAGAAAUCUAAGGUGGUUUUGGAUCCAGAGCCCAUUGUAGAGUCUGCAGUUCCCGAGGCCGUUGUUGAACCCACUGUUGAAGUGACUUUUGUUGAGGAACCAGUUGUUGAGGUGACCACAGUUGUUGAAGAAGUAACGCCCGAGCCACAACCAGAACCCACUCCAGUUAGUGAGGUGGCCCCAUCGCAACCACUAUCAUGGUCAUCUAUCGUUUCUCAAUCCACGGAAGUUACGACAAAUGUAACAGAGACUCGCUUCACGGAAGAACCUGAAGAAACGAAACCCUUAGAAGAAAAACCGAAAAAACAAAAAGCGAAGAAGGAAAAGAAAUCUAAGGUGGUUUUGGAUCCAGAGCCCAUUGUAGAGUCUGCAGUUCCCGAGGCCGUUGUUGAACCCACUGUUGAAGUGACUUUUGUUGAGGAACCAGUUGUUGAGGUGACCACAGUUGUUCAAGAAGUAACGCCCGAGCCAGAACCAGAACCCACUCCAGUUAGUGAGGUGGCCCCAUCGCAACCACUAUCAUGGUCAUCUAUCGUUUCUCAAUCCACGGAAGUUACGACAAAUGUAACAGAGACUCGCUUCACGGAAGAACCUGAAGAAACGAAACCCUUAGAAGAAAAACCGAAAAAACAAAAAGCGAAGAAGGAAAAGAAAUCUAAGGUGGUUUUGGAUCCAGAGCCCAUUGUAGAGUCUGCAGUUCCCGAGGCAGUUGUUGAACCCACUGUUGAAGUGACUUUUAUUGAGGAACCAGUUGUUGAGGUGACCACAGUUGUUGAAGAAGUAACGCCCGAGCCACAACCAGAACCCACUCCAGUUAGUGAGGUGUCCCCAGCCACCUCGCAGCCAAUAUCAUGGUCGUCUAUCGUUUCUCAAUCCACGGAAAUUACGACAAAUGUAACAGAGACUCGCUUCACGGAAGAACCUGAAGAAACGAAACCCUUAGAAGAAAAACCGAAAAAACAAAAAGCGAAGAAGGAAAAGAAAUCUAAGGUGGUUUUGGAUCCAGAGCCCAUUGUAGAGUCUGCAGUUCCCGAGGCCGUUGUUGAACCCACUGUUGAAGUGACUUUUGUUGAGGAACCAGUUGUUGAGGUGACCACAGUUGUUGAAGAAGUAACGCCCGAGCCACAACCAGAACCCACUCCAGUUAGUGAGGUGGCCCCAUCGCAACCACUAUCAUGGUCAUCUAUCGUUUCUCAAUCCACGGAAGUUACGACAAAUGUAACAGAGACUCGCUUCACGGAAGAACCUGAAGAAACGAAACCCUUAGAAGAAAAACCGAAAAAACAAAAAGCGAAGAAGGAAAAGAAAUCUAAGGUGGUUUUGGAUCCAGAGCCCAUUGUAGAGUCUGCAGUUCCCGAGGCCGUUGUUGAACCCACUGUUGAAGUGACUUUUGUUGAGGAACCAGUUGUUGAGGUGACCACAGUUGUUCAAGAAGUAACGCCCGAGCCAGAACCAGAACCCACUCCAGUUAGUGAGGUGGCCCCAUCGCAACCACUAUCAUGGUCAUCUAUCGUUUCUCAAUCCACGGAAGUUACGACAAAUGUAACAGAGACUCGCUUCACGGAAGAACCUGAAGAAACGAAACCCUUAGAAGAAAAACCGAAAAAACAAAAAGCGAAGAAGGAAAAGAAAUCUAAGGUGGUUUUGGAUCCAGAGCCCAUUGUAGAGUCUGCAGUUCCCGAGGCCGUUGUUGAACCCACUGUUGAAGUGACUUUUGUUGAGGAACCAGUUGUUGAGGUGACCACAGUUGUUCAAGAAGUAACGCCCGAGCCAGAACCAGAACCCACUCCAGUUAGUGAGGUGGCCCCAUCGCAACCACUAUCAUGGUCAUCUAUCGUUUCUCAAUCCACGGAAGUUACGACAAAUGUAACAGAGACUCGCUUCACGGAAGAACCUGAAGAAACGAAACCCUUAGAAGAAAAACCGAAAAAACAAAAAGCGAAGAAGGAAAAGAAAUCUAAGGUGGUUUUGGAUCCAGAGCCCAUUGUAGAGUCUGCAGUUCCCGAGGCCGUUGUUGAACCCACUGUUGAAGUGACUUUUGUUGAGGAACCAGUUGUUGAGGUGACCACAGUUGUUCAAGAAGUAACGCCCGAGCCAGAACCAGAACCCACUCCAGUUAGUGAGGUGGCCCCAUCGCAACCACUAUCAUGGUCGUCUAUCGUUUCUCAAACCACGGAAGUUACGACAAAUGUGACAGAGACUCGCUUCACGGAAGAACCUGAAGAUAAGAAACCCUUAGAAGAAAAACCGAAAAAACAAAAAGCGAAGAAGGAAAAGAAAUCUAAGGUGGUUUUGGAUCCAGAGCCCAUUGUAGAGUCUGCAGUUCCCGAGGCCGUUGUUAAACCCACUGUUGAAGUGACUUUUGUUGAGGAACCAGUUGUUGAGGUGACCACAGUUGUUGAAGAAGUAACGCCCGAGCCACAACCAGAACCCACUCCAGUUAGUGAGGUGGCCCCAUCGCAACCACUAUCAUGGUCGUCUAUUGUCUCUCAAACUACUGAAGAUGUAGCAGAGGCUCCUAUCACUGAUGUAGCUGAAGAUCAGAAACCUUUAAUUGGAAAACCGAAAAAACUUAAGGCAAGGAAGGAAAAGAAAUCCAAGGUUCAAAGUGUUGAAGAGUCAAUUGUGGUGUCUGAUGUUCCAGUGUCCGUUGUUGAACCGAUUAUUGGAUUUACCACUGUUCAAAAGGAUGUAGCACCAAUAUCUGAAUCGCAUACGUUUUCCUGGUCGUCUAUUGUUGCUCAGUCUGUUGAGGUUCCACCAACACUUCCGCAGCAUGUGGAAUCAAAAUCGGUCGAAAUUCAAAACUUUAUCGACCAUGAGCAGAAUCACUCUACGGUUGUCAAUGAUUCAGUCAAAAAGCUGAAACCUAAAAAGGAAAAGAAAAUAGUGCAGCCUAUUCAACAGCCAACCGGUGAAAGCGUUCCUGUCCGAAAGGAUCACUUGCGAGAAGGAGUAACUAAAGCAGUUCCUGAGCCACAAACUUUGUCUUGGUCGUCAAUCGUUUCGCAUAACAUCGAUUUGACGCCAACGUUUACUGAAAAUCGUGUCAUUGAAACCGUCGAUGAGAUCAAUCCCGAUGACAGCAGUAAUCAGGAACGUGAACAUCCCACUCAUGUUGAUGAAAAGAAACAAAAGCCCAAAAACGACAAAAAACGAGAUGAUGAUAUUGAAAGUUCUGUUGUCAACGAAGAGAUUCCCGAAACUGAACGCGUAGCUGUGUCUUUAGCUCCUGAAUUCAACAUUCAGUUGCCGGCACCAACAAAACCAUCAGUAUGGUCAUCAUCAGACACCUAUGCCGAAGUUGUUAAGAAGUCUGGUUACAACAACAAUACAAACAUUAAAUAUCAGAAAAUUGAGGCAAGGGAACCCAUCAAGAGUGAACCAAAACACACUUUUGUCGAAGUACAGGCACAUGAAGAUCUUCUGGAGUUCCCGGACCCUAUCAUUCCUGCCAUUGAAGGAGAUGAAGCACUUGAGAAACCCUCUCAGCUAUCGUGGAAAGACCUUGUAGAUGAGGAUGAUGUGGAGCCGCUGGAGUCUUGGCAUAAGGAAGAAACAGAUGCUGUAGAAAUAAAGACACAAAAACCAAUACAGGAAAGACAUUCCCGAGUGAGCGUAAAGCCGAAAAUUCAAAUAACCGAGGUAGUCACUGAAACUCAACCGCAAUCCGAGACUGACCAAGAAUUCUUGGAAAUUACUUCAAAGAAACGAAAUCGCUCACGCUCACGUUCGCAACAGUCACAGGCUUCGAACUUUGAUGAAAAGCCUCGAAACAAAAAAUCAAAGAAGCCGAAAAAUAAUGUACCUAAAGCACCAGCUCAACAGCCUACGGAAGCUCCUGAGUAUGUCCAGCCACCUAAGGAAACUGUAGCAUUUGUAGAAGAACCGUCUCCACCACCAGCUCCUUCUCCUUAUACCUCUGGUAUGUCAUGGGCUGCUAUAGCCGCCCAUAAUGUGCCAGAACCAGUUCAACAUAUUCGACCCCUUCAAGUUGAGUCCAAACCAACUGUCGUUGAAGAUGUAAGGAAAUCAACAAAUGAGCACACAGUAAACAUUCCAAUCACUUUUGAAACUACUGAGCCAAAGACUAAAAAGCCAAAGCCAAAGUCUAAACGAAAGUUGCCAAGCGAUGUGGUUGAUUUCAUUAAUGCAGAAAAAUCAGUUCAUCAAGUGAUUGCUUCUAAACCUGAAUCAGUUUUAGAACCUGGAUCUGUAAUCGGUGAAGACGUCAACAAUACUUUAACGUCAAUGGAAAUAAAAACUCCACUUGCUCCCUUUGAAUUUGUGGUCGAGUCUGAAGUUGAACCAGUAUCUGAGUCACAUACGGAAGAACUCCUUGUCGAAAAGGUUUUAAAGACGGAACCAAUUGCUGAAUCUACGGCGGUGGACGAAUCCAAGACUAUUACAACAGUAACCACCACAACAACAACUACCGAAACCACUAGCGAUGUUUCUAUUCCCGAGGAACCCAAGAAGGUAGUAGAACCGGAGAAGAAACCUGAAGAACCCAAAAAACCAGCAUAUGCCGGUCUUCCCGUCGAUGACUCUUCUAGCUCGUGGAUGGAUGUCUUGGACGAACCUAUGAACUUCUCUGACGACGAAGAGGAACCAGUUCCUCAGCCACAAAAGGAAGAAACGAUCGUCGAAAAAGUAGUAGAAGUUAAGCCAAUUGUUGAUAAUUCGGUUGUGGACGAAUCCAAGACCAUUACAACAGUUACCACCACGACAACAACUACCGAAACCAUUAGCGAACUUCCUAUUUCCGAGGAACCCAAGAAGGUAGUAGAACCGGAGAAGAAACCUGAAGAACCCAAAAAACCAGCAUACGCCGGUCUUCCCGUCGAUGACUCUUCUAGCUCGUGGAUGGAUGUCUUGGAUGAGCCCAUGAACUUCUCUGACGACGAAGAGGAACCAGUUCCUGAGCAACUUAAGGAAGAAACUCCUGUGGAAGAUGUUGUCGAGGAUAAGCCAAUUGUUGAAGUUUCUGUUAACGACGAAUCCAAGACCAUUACAACAGUAACCACCACAACAGUAACUACCGAAAACAUUAUUGAAGUUCCUAUUUCCGAGGAACCACAGAAGGUAGUAGAACCGGAGAAGAAACCUGAAGAACCCAAAAAACCAGCAUACGCCGGUCUUCCCGUCGAUGACUCUUCGAACUCGUGGAUGGAUGUCUUGGAUGAGCCCAUGAACUUCUCUGACGACGAAGAGGAACCAGUUUCUGAGCCACUGAAGGAAGAAACUCUUGUGAAUGAAGUAGUCGAGGAUGAGCCCAUUGUUGAAGCUUCUGUUGUGGACGAAUCCAAGACUAUUACAACAGUUACGACUACGACAACAACUACCGAAACCAUUAGCAAACUUCCUAUUUCCGAAGAACCCAAGGUCGAACAGACAGUCAUCAAAGUUGACGAACCAAAGAAACCAGCAUAUGCCGGUCUGCCGGUUGAUGCCUCUUCAAGCUCUUGGAUGGAUGUCUUGGAUGAGCCCAUGAACUUCUCCGACAGUGAAGAAGAACCCGUACCAGAGUCACAACCUGAAGUAACACCCUUGGCACCAUUUAAGGAUGUAGCGAAAAAUAUCACGCAGAUUGUAGAUGCUGUUGAUGAGGUUCAAAAACCAGUCGAAACAGUUAAUAUAUCUAUUGACUCUGGAAAUGAUGAAGCCGAAAACACUCCCCUGGCGCCCUUCAAAGAAAUUCCUGACUCUCCUUCAGACGAUGCCUUUAUAUGUGAGACAUCCUACUGGUCAGCAACCCUCAAGCCGGGUCAAAAACCUACGGCCACAGUUGAAACAACCGAGACAAAACCAGAAGAAAGCCAACCCAUUAAAGUAAAUAUUCCAGACGAUGAAGCCAUUGACGAAGUAGCGGUAAAGUCACCCACUGAUCAGCCAACAACAUGGUCAGCAAUUGUCCAAACCGAGACAACUGUGUUCCCAACACCAGAUGUACAAAAGGACAAUGAAAGGACUCCUGAUUGGUCUACUCAUGUUGUGAGCAAAACAACCGACUUCCAGGAGCCAAAGCCUCUGAAGAAUUCGGAAAACAUAACAACAACGACAACAACAUAUGUGACCACAACGGUGACCACACAUAAGGAUACACCUAUCGUGGAGAAUGAAUCCCCACCAACAUCUUAUGUGUCCACUGUGGUAACCAGCCAUAAAAAUGAACUGGAUUUGGAACCAGAAACUUUUGAACUAACUAAGCCGGAUAACCUUAUUGAGAAUCUUCAUCGCGAGUCGUUCAAAGUGCAUCCCCAAUACGAAUUCUUGCAGGGACAAUACCAGCAACUGAAGCUGGUAAAUAUAACGAAAGAACCGUGUUUGGAGGAACCCAAAGAAGAUGUUCCUUUGGUAGAAGAUUACGUGAUAAUUGAACCCGAAACGAUACCUGAAAUCAAUUCCGAAAUCCUUGCACUUAAUCUUUAUCUUGACCAAACCUAUAUAUUGCCCAAGUCUCGUAUAGAUGUCGACAACAUUAGCCAGUUGCUCACCCUUGAAAAGUCAUCUGAUCCUAUUGUAGAAAAAGAACCCGUCCCGGUGGAAACUAAGAGUGUAGAAAUUCUUGUCGAGAAAUCCAUUGUAGAAUCGCCUAUUGAACCCAUAGCUGAUGAACCCCUGGUCAUUGAAACACCUCAAUCCCAGGCAGAACCCAGUGAACUGCUCUGGAACCUCAGUCAAGAUGAUUUCCUCAAACUUAUCAAUCACUAUAGGCAAACGGCAAGCGAUGCAUUCGCAUUGUUGCCAAGGACAACCAUAGACACGACGAAAGCUCAGGAAACUCAAGACGAUAAGCAAAAGACUGACGGCAUUACAGAAACUGUAGUGACAACCACGACGACCACGAUAACCGAUCGCGUUGUAGAAAAGACUGAACCAGAUGCAUCGUCAUCACCAAUCAUUCCUACCGCCCAGCCAUUGACGGCACCAUCGCUUGGCAACCUCGAUCAGUUGCGUCUGAAUCUAUAUCUGGACGAUUGGCAGCCAGCUAGUGUCGAUGCACAUUUGGCCGACGACUUGUUCGACGGACUGAAACGUGCUGAUGUCGUCAGUAGCGAAGCGGAACUCGACAAAGACAAGAACCAGGAGCAACAACCUGACGGCGAUUCUAAAAAGCCAGACGGUGUUACUGGAAUACCAGACAAGGACGAACAUGACAGUGACGAUGAUGACGACGACGACGACGAUGACGAAGAGGGAGGUAAGCCGACUGUGCCAGAAAUUCGCAAGCCGAACGACGACGAUGAUAAACCGAACGACAAGGAUCCUGGUAGCGGUAGUAGUGGUAAUGUGACCCCCACGCCCGAGCACGAUGCCCAGUACGGUCAGAACCGUAGCUGUUCAUCGGAGUAUAGGUCCACCGAUCUACCGGGCGGUGUGGGUCAUUGGCGUGACGACAGUACUUAUCUGGCUCUAGAAGCCGAACAGCCUCAGGUUAAACUAGAAAGUGUACCACUGGCACCCACUAUAUCGGGUGUUGAAUCUGUACUAACCGAAACUAAUACCACAUGUCCCGCCCCCGCCCACGACCCCGUCUCAGCCCCUGAAACCAGUCCCAGUACAACUACUAGUUCCCUAAACGUUGCAAACGCACUAAUCCAAUUGGCAAGCGCCACAACUCACACGCUGUCCGCCAAGGCGAACGCAGCAGCAACAGCAACACAUGCAGCAGCGCUGGCAGCAACCGGUGCUCUACUUCCGGUUGCAACGGCCGUAGUCGAUAAGCUAACAACGACAACAACAGCAGCAGCGGAGACACCAGCAGCAACAUCGGAUGUUGCUGCCGUAGAGCCCGAUGUUGCACGUGCAACACCGGCAGCAGCAACAGUAGCAGAAGCAGCAGCAGCAGAUAUACCUUCGGCAGCAACUCACACCGAAACGACAACAACUAGCAGCAGCGGUGGAGAGGAGGUGGCAUUGCCCACCGAAAAUACCGGUGUGGUGCGACGCACCACAACAACAACCACAACCGUAACGACAACAACCACAGUUGACACGCCAUCGACAACUAGCAACACAACGACAACGACAACAACCACAAGCAGCAACGAACUGCCAGAACAACGCCAGAAGGAUCUAAUUACGCAAGAGCUCGACGAACUGCUCCAAUCGCUUUCGAGCGUCGAGGAUGGCAUCGCCAACAUGAACCAGAGCAGCCUGGAUGGCAUGCUACAUGGAUUGAAGCUAAUCCAGAGCAAUCUCGAAGUACACGAAAGGGACGUCAUCGAGUUAAAGAAGCAGGCGAAGACAUUACCCACGGAUCCGGCUACCGAACGGUUGCUCAACGACACCGUGGACCGCAUCGAUUUACUACUACGCCGCACUCAGCAAGGCAUCACCAUGAUAGCGAAUGCUAUGCAUGGCCAGAAGAAGCGCCAGCAGGAGAUCGACGAGUACCAGCAACAUCUGCUGGAGCUGGAGCAAUGGAUCAUCGAGGUUUCCGCCGAGCUGGCUUCAUUUGAGCCCACCUCGGACAGCAGCACGGAUGAGCAGGUGCUCAAAUCGCAAGUGGAGAGGAGCCAGCAAUUGCUGCGCACCCUCAAGGAUCGCCAGCAGUCCAUGGAGGAUUUGGUGGAGCAGACGCGCCAACUGCAAUCCCAUCCCGAUGUUUCUCCCUUGGCUGACACGCUGAUGGAGCAGCUGCAGAGCAUCAUUACCAUUCUGCGGGAACAGGUCACAGUGGCCACCAAGCGCAUCUUUACCAUUGAAAAGCGCAUCGUGGAUUUGCGAAAGGCCAAGAGCGAUGAGGCGCAACGCCAGCGUGUGCUUGCUGAUUCACUCAUCAAGCCACCAACCGAAGCGCCAGCGAGUCCAGAGGCGCAUGAAUCCAUCGAGUCCAACGAGAACACCAUCGACUCGAGCUCCAUGCCCGAAGAGGAGAUCAAACCGACUGGAGUGUAUGUGGAGACGCAGACAUCGCUCAGCCUGCAGCAGCCGCCAGUUCAGUUGGUGACCACCACGACUGUGGAGGCGCAGACCAGCUUCAAGGAACCAGCUGUAGAAACGGCUGAGGUGGCUCUGCAAACCCAAAAGGAACGUUCGCCCACCGAAAACAUUAUGGUAACACAAACGGUGCAAGAUGGCCAGGAAACGAUCCAGAUCGACACGAGUCGCAACAAGGAAGUACCGGAUGUACCCGAAGAUGUCCAGAUUGAGGCUCGCUACCAUCAACGACCUAAGGGCGAUGUAGACCGCGCCACCGAGCUAAUCCUUAAAAAUGUACCUCAAGCAUUCGAAACCACUUUCGUGGAGCCAGAUGAGACGACCACCGAAGUGGUUGUGGGACCUGAUGGCACCAAGCACAUAGUGCUCAAGAAAGUAACCCGUACCCGCCAGCAAGUUGUACAGCAGCAGCAGAUCAGCUCAAUUGAGACUAUUAGCGAUUCGGAUGGUAACAUCGAGGUGCAUUCCACGGGUCAGAUUAAUCUGGAGAAUGUGCACACCACGGACACCAAAGCUGAUCCGGAGGAGGGCAGUGUCCACACAGUUAUCACACAGCAAACGCGUGGUGCUCUUGUGGAUUCAACGCAGCCCGAGGGUGUGAUCCUGCAGGAGUUUGAAACCGAGCCAACUAUUGAGACGUACGAAGAAGUGAUAGCCCCAGGCUCCCAGGCGCAACUGAUUCCCAUGCAGCCGGGAGAUGUGCAAACCCAAGGCACCAUCCGAGCAGUAGUUCAGCAGGUGACCCGUAAGGUGAUCCGCAAGACGCGCAAGAUAAUCAAGCGAGUGGUGAUCAUCGACGGGAAGGAGCACAUCACUGAGGAAGUGGUCGAGGAGCCAGAGGAAGUGGAGAUCACCGAGGAGGAGACAGCACCGCACAUCAACGUAAAUAUUGUGCGAACCGUUGACGGAAAGGUGGUGAGCGAGGAGGAGUUCCAGCGAAUGAUGCAGGAGCCCGGAGUUCUAAUCGAAGAAGUUGCCACGGAUCUGCACAAGCCGAGAGCAGAGCCGCAGCAAGAGGUAUUUGAUAUUGAGUCUACCCAAGUCACCACCACCACAAGAACUACAACCGCAACCACACAAGAACAAGAACAACCAGAACAACAGACACAACCAACAACAGAAACGACUAAAGAAGCACCAGUAGAGUUGCCAGCACCUCAAGUAGAUGUUGAACAACCCGUAGUAGUUGCCACUACCAGUCCCGUUCAUGUUCCAACAGCGGAUGUAGUCGAGCCCAAGGACUCCUCACCGACAUCCACUACCGCAGCUGUAGUAGAUGUCGAAGCAGUGGUUGAAGAUAUCAACGAGAUUUGGCCACUGGAACAUCACCUGAAACCCACCAACAUUGACUUCUCCCAGCACGUCGAAGAAUUGGCAGCACCAGCAGCGGCCACAGCGGAGACUGAAGCAUCCAUGCCAGUAGAGGAAAUUUGGCCGACAAGUCCAGAAACCGGAAACUCAUUGACCCUGGAGCAGUACGAGUUUGAGCCACAAUCACCUCAUGAAGAGAGCACAAAAUCUGAUCUAGUUAAGCCCCAAGAGACUGAACCGCAAGCUGUUGCUGAAACUAAGCCAGAAGCCAUUACCACUGGAAGUAUUACCAUUACCAAGACUACAACCACCAUCACAAGCUCCACAGAAGAACCGGAGGAACAACAGCCUCCUGCAAACAAAAUCAAGACUGACAUUCAAAGUUUCCUUGAAGCCGAACAGACUUUGGCUGCAGCUCUAAAGGAGCAGUCCUCAACUCCGACGGGAGCUUCAGUUGCCGAAGAUGUGCAGGCUCAGCCUGAGGAAAUUGUUCUUGAGGAGAGGACUGUUGAAAUUUCAACCAUCAAGACUGAAGAGCCAGUUACUGUGGAAGAAGUGAAAUCACUCCCUGUAGAGCCUGAACCACUUGAACCAGAGCUGGAGGAAGUGGCCAUUGCAAUUGUUGAGCAGACUGAGCAAAAGCCAGAAGAGCCCGUUCUUGAGAAACAACCAGCUCCUGGCCAAAUCGACCUGCGUGCCGCCACUCAACUCUUCAUCUCUGGAGAGGCCGCAGCUUCAACGGCUCCACAGAAAACCUUCCAGAUCACAGCACCCUCUCUGGAGGACAAUGGCGCUGGUGUGCUGAAGGUUGUCCUGGGCAAGGAAAGCACCAACGAAGAGGAUACCGCAGCUCCGACUACCGGCAAGGUUAGCAUGACCAUCAUUGAGACCGCUGCUGCUCCCGUCGCCGACGCCAAGCGGCGUCGAAAGAAAAAGAAGAGAAGAGAUACAAAGCACGAGGAGGAGCUUGAGCAAGAACAAGAAACUGAGCCGGAGCCAGUUGCCGUUAAGGAGCCUGAGGUGAGCUCUGAUGUGCCCGUUUCUCCGGAGGAUUCACCACGCGAUACCGUUCGUCAUGAGUCCAUUGUUGAGAUUAGCCCCGAUAGCGAUUUGUCCAGCAUUGAGAUUGACACGAAAGUGAAGAUUGUGGAGGAUGCCAUUGUUUCUUCACCAUCGGAGUCGCCACGAACGCCAAUGGUUGAGCUGGUUAUUCCCACUGAGGUUGUUGAGUUGGCUUUGGUCGAGGAUGAGGAACAACAGACCACACCGCGUAUUCCAUCGCCCACGGAAAAAUCGGAAGUCGAGCAGGAUAUUAAAUCCGUGCAGACUUCGCCACAACAUCAACCCAAACUGGAUGAGACUGCAGUGCAGACGAGUCUUGAGGUGCAGCCGGAUAACCAGGAGAAUGAAUCGCAAACACUGAUUGUUGAGAUAACGGAGACUGAAGCACAAACCACUCCGCGAAGCGAGGAGCAGCCGGUGGCUGUUGAGAUUUCCACCACUGAGAUUCAAACCGAUGUGAGUGGCCAGCCAGCUGAAACUGUAGAGAUUUCCAGCCAAACUACCGUGACCACCACCAUCGAAAAGGAACUGCAGACCACACCGAAGGAUUCUCCUCGAGCACCAGAGGCAGGCAGCAGUGACGUGGUGGAAUCUCUGGUGCAGGAUUUAGUUAAGGAUAUGACUACCGAUCUGCCCGUGCGUACAAGCGAACAAUCUACCGUGACAGAAACUACCACAACCACUGAGACCCAUGUGCAGACAACCACUCCGGAGCCAAGGGAACAAACUGAAGUCAUUAAACCGGAAACUGUCCAUGAAGAGACCUCAACCGUUGAACUUGUACAGUUCGCGGAUGGCGAGAUGCAAACCACGCCUGCUGGAGAUCAGCAACCCGCAUCUUUGGAUGAUAGUUCUCUGACUGCCACUUCGAUAUCCGUUUCGGAACCUUAUGAACUGGAGGUCAAGACUACGGUGGCCAUUCCCGCUGAUUCGGAUACAUCUGUGGCUGAGCCAACGGUCUAUGAAUACACACAGACCAUGCAGCUGCCGAAGCAGGAGAAGAAAUCCAAGAAGGACAAGAAAAAGAAGCAGAAGAAUGUGCCUGAAGUUGAGCAGCAGCUGCCAGAGGAUCAGCAGAUCAGUGUGACCGUUGAAAUCGCACCAGAGUUACUAUCUGAGUCCGGCAUUGUCGUAUCUACCAACCAGCAGAUUGAAGAUGUGCCACAUGUUACACCCGUGGUGGAAACUCCCAUCGAAUCCGAAGAAGUGGAAACGCCCAAAGCUCAAAGAGUGCAACUUCAAAUCACCAAGACCACUGUCUACGAUGAGUAUCCCGAUCUGCCAGUGCACAUAACUGAGCAGAACAAGGUGCUGAUUGCGUCCCAGCAGAGCAAGCGAUCCGGAGCAGGACCCACAUCCUCAGCGGUGACCAUCGAAGAGGUGGGCUCACCCACGGAGGAGCUGGUAGUGCCCAUCACCCCGGGACCGGACAAUCUGAGUGGCGAGCCCCACAACAUCUGGUUCAGUGACACCACCAGUGUGGAUAAGACACCCAUUGAGCUCUCCCAGUCCUUAAUUAUGAGCGAGAGUUUGCAGCACUAUCCAGGACAACAGCAACUGACCCAGCAGCCAAUCCUGAUUUCCACCAAGGAGGCCAUUGGCGACCGCAUCAAGCAGCUCAAGCAGGCGUCGCCCCAACAAGCCACUCCACUGAGCAAUGUGCUCCACUUGGCCACCUUAUCUGAACAGAUUAAGGAACUGCCCACCGAGCAACGCAUCUUGGAGGUCAACGAAGGUCUCAAGGAUCUUGAUGUUGCCAUUAAGAAUGGUGACAAGACUGUGAUUCAAACCACUGUGAUCACGGUUAUCGAGAAGGUGUCAACUUGGUUGGAAACCAUCGAGUAUCGCGUGUACCUCAUCAGGCAGAACUCCAAUGAGGGACCCUCCGUAGAGAAGCUGGAUAACUAUAACCAACUCAAUGACGAGCUUAGCACCAUCAAGCAAAAUGUCGUCCAACUUGAGCGACAGUUAUCCAAGACUGAGCCGGAACCAGAGUUGCUGCAAUGCGUGGAUAGCCUGAAGGAGCAUGUCGAUGCAGUGGAGCAGGUUACACAACAGAACCAGGUGCAGGACAGCAAUGAUCUGGACAAGUGGCACAGCUUCGAGGUACUUCUGUACAACGUCUCCUCCGUCUUGGCCGACCUACAGCAGAGCUACGAUCUUUUGAUCAAUCAAGAGUAUCCCUUGUCCGCUAAACUGGCCCAGUUGGAUGAGUUGGAGCAGCAGCAUGAGGCGGCGCAGCAGCAACUUGCGCAGCUCUGUCAAAACGCUCGAGCUUUCCAACGCGAUUUCCCAGGCAAGAAGAUGCCGCAGGAUGUGCACAAUGCCUUCGAGACCAGCAAGAAUAUUGCCAACAACAUUCAGGCAGAGCGGGAGCGUGUGCUUCAACUUCAAUCCCUAGCGGAGGAGUACGAGCAGACCCUCAAAGAGUUCACCAAAAUCACGGUUCUUGCCGACAAGCUGGUGGAGAGUCCAAUUGUAUCCAGUUCCCUCGAGCAGCUAAACAACGAGGUGCAGAAACAGAGGAAGUUCUUCGUAAAUCUCAGCCACUGUCGCGCCAUGCUGGAAUCCCUGGAGGAGAACAUCGAUAGUGAGACCCGCGAGAAGCACUCGGAGUUGCACAAGGAGCUCUACAACAGGGCUACCAGUCUGCUGGACAAGGCAUCGGAAAGGUCCUCCAAAUUGGUGCAAGCUGCAUCCCGUUGGACCGUGCUGGAGAAGGGCAUGCGGGAUGAACUUCAAUGGCUCCAGGUGGCUCAGCAACGAGUUCCCGACCUAUCAGCCGUAACUUCCGCAGACUACGAUCAAUACACCACCCUGUACCAAUCCCUGAGCAAUGAUAUCUCACAUCACUAUGUGAAAAUGACGCAGCUUUCGGGAAUUGCCAACAAGUUGCAGCUUUUGGUGCAAGCCCCCAAUCUCGUAGAGGAAACCAAUGAGGCGUUGAUAGUGCUACUCAAACUCCGCGAGGAGGUUGCUCUCUACCUUCACCGCCUUCUGGUCUUCAAGGAAAUCUGGGUGCAGUACGAGCAGCAAACGGAUAAGCUGGAGGCCUUUGUACGCGAAGCAGAGCAGGAAUUGAGGAACAUCCAAAUACCCUCGCAGCCCACUCACCAGCCCAUCGAGCACAUGCGUCAAUUCUGGGAGAUUAAGGCCCGUUUCGAGCUCCACAAUAAUGUGAGAACCGAUACGGGUCUAAGCUUUGAGAAAUCCCUGCAGGUCAUCCCCUUGGCCGACGAGAUGCUACAGCGGCAGUUCCAUGCCCAACUGGAGGAUCGCUGGCAGGCGGUGGCCCAGGCCAUCGAACUCAUUCAGCACAACAUUGUGGAGUGCCUGUCGUCGGAGGAUGUGCCCGCAGACGAGAAGCUCAAAAUGGUGGAGCGAGAGCUGCAGGAGAUCUACCUGACCAUGACCAGCAUGAAGGGAGUCAUCAAGAACGAGGAGGAGCUCUGUCUGUACAUCGAACGAGUCCAAGUACUCCGCACUCGCGUCGGCUUCAUUGGCAACGAGCUGGGCAGGAUUGGACUGCAAGAGCCUGCCAUUGAACCGGAAAAGGUGGGUGAGCUAUUCUCGCUCUCACACAAGAUAAGCACCCAGAUCGCCGAGGAGCUGGAGGGGGCAUCUGUGCUGCGUGACCAACUGCAGGCCAUCCAGGAGGGCAUUAGCAAUCAACGCAAACACCAGGCCAAGAUUUCGGUCAUUUUGGAUGAAUGUGAAGCCGCCGAGCGCCAGGGAGCAGAUGUCCUCGAAAAGGCCGUUGCCGAUUGCCAGGCCGCCGGCGAGGAGCUGGUGAUCAGCUGGCAGGAGAUUAUGCGAAUCCGCCAGAUGCUACACACCCUGCCCAUGCGCCUCAAGAUGUCCGUUUCACCGGUUAAGUUGGAGAGGGAUAUCUCCCAACUGCAGGACGACCACGCCUUCCUCGAGAGCAAGUGCACCAACAUUAUGGCCAUCCUGAGGAGCCGCCUAGCCGUCUGGCUGCGCUAUGAGCGUCAGCUGGAGCUGGUCCACGGAUCUGUCCAGGAAACCGACUUCAUGAUGGAACUCAUCCGGGUGCACGGUCAAGUGGACUACGAGCGCCUGCGCAAAGCCACUGAACGUUUGGAGGGACUGGCUGGCGAUCUGCAUAACCGCGAGCAACUGAUCGAUGAGCUGAAGGGCGCCGCCAAGCCGCUGAUCGAGAGCUGCGAUGUCCAGAUUGUCGAGCAGAUCGAGUCCGCUGUCCAGGAGGCGGUAGUCGCCUGGAAUGACACCAGCGAGAAUCUGCAGCAGCUGCGAACCCGCUACCAAAGAGCCGUCGAACUGUGGGACAAGUAUCGCAACGCCUCAGCGGCCGUCAAGAACUCCAUUGACCAGCAGAUGGAUGCGGUCAAGUCGCUGGAGCAGCCCCUGGAUGCCCUGCAGCACGCCAAGGUAUGCCAAGACAACCUGACCACCCAGAAUGACAGAAUCUUGGAGCUGCGCGACAUUGUGGCCAAGAUCGCCGCCGAUGUGGGCCUGGAUGCCUCGGCGCUCAUGCAAGGUGAAUUGGAUGCACUGGGUCAGCGAUUGGCCGAGUGCAAGGAUGCCAUCACCACGCUGGCCAAUGUGGCCGAGACGCAGGACAAGGAGCGCAAGGAGCUCGACAAGGAGGUGACUCUGGCCAAGGCCUACUUCAACAAUGUGCAGCAGGACAUUUCCCGAGAGGCACCGCAAAAUCCCAAGGAAAGCGAGGAGCAGCUGGCCGCUUUGCGAGCCCAUCUCCAGACUUUGGCCCGAACGGAAGAGCAGCUGCGUCAGCUGAAAGAGCGCCAUCAGAACAGCGAAGUAGCACCAUCGGUGGCCGGCAGCGAUGAUGAUGGCAUCCUGGAGGUUCUAGCCCUGUGGCAGAAGAUUUUCCAGGACACCUUCCAGGAGUACCAUCGCCUGUCCACGCGACUCGCCCGCAGCCAAAACAGCUCGGAGGCUCUGCGAUUGUGGAGGCAGUAUCUGCAGCACGUCCAGUCCUUCCUGUCCUGCGCCAUUCCCGAGGAUUACAGCAGUCUGCGAGAGCAGCAGCAGCUGUGUGCCAUCCACCAGAACUUGCUCAUCUCGCAGCAGAGUGUGCUUUCCGAGACACCACUGGAAUCGGAGCUAUCGGAGCAGUACAAGGCUCUGACCAACCUGCACAAUGAAACCCUCUCGAGGAUCAUGCAGCGCAAUGGUGAGCUGGAACGGCGGGUUAGUGGCUGGAAUGCCUACCGCCAGCAGCUGGCAGCCCUUUUGGACUGGCUGCGUCAACGGGAAGCGGAACGCAAUGCCCUUCAACUGCGCUACAUUCACCUGAAGCGAGUGCCCCACCUGAAGCACCGCCUGGAUGCCAUGAUCCAGCAGCUGGAUCAGGGAGAACAACAGAGCAAGGCUUUGCAGGAGCAGCAGCAGGAGCUGGCCAGGCAUUGUGACGACGCGCUGGCCACCGCCAUGCGAAUGGAGCAGGCCAGCAUUGGUCAGCGGAUAAGCAAUCUCCGCGCAGCCCUCAAGACCUGGCAAGGAUUCCUGCAGCGCGUUACCCAGCUAUCGGAAAGCUACGAGCAGCGAGUGAACCAGUUGCAACAGGAAUUCGGAGCCGCUCAGAAGCUUCUGGAUGCCAACAGCGAAUCCCUGCCCACUCAGCCAGCGGCAAUUGAGCAACUUCUGGGAUCCCUGCGUGCGCAAAGGGUCCAACUUGGUGCCCAAGUCUCCGCUCUGGAGAGUCUCACUGUGACCCAGGAGGAGCUCAAGGAGUGCAUCAGUCCCCACGACAUGAAGACCAUUCGCCAAAGGAACUGGUUGCUCUGGCAGCAGCACGCCGAUCUGGACUACCAGCUGGCCAACCUGAUCAACUCGAUCGAGGAGCGGCUGUCCCUACUGUCCAACUAUCAAAUCAGAUACGAUCGCAUCUCCCAGUGGCUGCACCGUUUGGAGCAGCGUGUGGAAAAGGAUGCUGAUGUCACUGCCAUGACAAAUCCCGAACAGGCAGCCAAGCAGCUGGAGCAGCAAGUGAAUUCCGAGCUGCAACUGAGGGACAAGGAACGGGAGUGGCUUCUAUCCACCAGCCGGGAACUGCUCACCCUCUACUCCGAGCCAGAAGUGCGAUCCCAGGUGCAACAACAGAGUGACUCCCUCAUCGAUCGCUGGCAGCGUCUCAAGUAUUUAGCCAAACAGAAGGCCACCAAGAUAGGAGAGCUCAAGAUGACACUUCUCCGUUUGGAGGAGCGAAUCGCCCUGAUCCGCGCCUGGCUUUUCGAAGUCGAAUCCCAACUGGACAAGCCCUUGAAUUUCGAGAGCUACACACCGAAUGUGAUCGAGGCCAAGCUGAAGGAGCAUGAGCAAAUCCAACGCUCCAUUGAGCACCACAGCAGCAAUGUGGGUGAAGUCCUAAAUCUCGUAGAGAUGCUACUCAACGAUGCGGACAGCUGGCGCACGCAGGUGAACACUUCCGGAUUAGCUGCCUCAGCUCAGAAUCUGGAGCAGCGCUGGAAGAACGUGUGCAGCCAGUCGGCGGAACGAAAGGCCCGCAUCCUGAGCAUUUGGAAUCUUCUACAGCAGCUCAUCAAGCUCACUGCAGAGCACAAAAACUGGCUGGGAAAACAAGAAAGCCAAAUUGCCGGCUUCGAAAGAGAUCAGAAGUCGCACAGCAAGCAUAAGCUGGAGGAGCGACAGAAGGAGCUGAGAGCCAAGCUGGAGGAGCUGGAUAGUCAGUCGGUGAAUCUUCGCCAGCUGGAGCAGAUCUAUGCUAAGCUGACCAUGAGCGCAGGCGUCGAGCCGGAGAACAUCCAGAAACUGACACUGCCCACCAAGGUGAUGGUGAGCAUGUGGCGCCAGUUGACUCCACGUUGUCACGCCCUAUUGGAUGCCAUCGACAAGGAUGCCAAGCUUAUGCGAGAGUUCAACAACGCCCAAUUGGAAGCCACCAACUCCCUGAAUGCCAUACAAAAGGCUUUGGAACAAUUGCCCAGCGCGGAGGACCAACAGACCUCCAAGGCGGAGCCGAAAGCGGUGCUCCAACGUCUGGAGAGCCUAGAGAAGAAGUUGCAGGACGCCCAACAGCAUGUCCAGCAGGCGGAUAACCUGGCCCAGGAGGCCAAGACCAGGACCAAGCAGCAACCCCAACUGAAGCAAUUGCUGGAACUUGUGUCUGCCUAUACCACCCUUUGGCAGACGGUCCAGACCCGCAUUGUCACCCUCAAGACCACUUGGCUGACCAGAGCAGCGCAGGCAGCCGCCUCUCUGCCGGUCAGUGAGGCAGCCAACGCUGCCGUCCAGGUAAACACCCUAUCCCAGCGGAAACUCCGCCAGGCCCAACAGAUGCAGCGGGAAACCUCCAUCACGGCCAAGGAUGCCUACAUCAUGGAACUGCAGACGGCCAUCACGGAGUGCCAGAACAAUCUGGACGAGCUGCAGCGCACGGUGGUGGACAAGACCCGCAAGCCGGGACCCCAGAAGAUCGCCAAGCUGAUGGGCAACGCCCAGUCCUCCACCGAGUUGGUGAAGCAUCUCAGCCAUCUACUGAUCACCGAGUGCAAGGCGGAUGGCCAGGCUGCCGAGGUGGACACCGUGGCAGAGCUCACGUUGCGCUUCGAUACACUGCAAUCGCAGUGGAAGGCGCGACAGCAGCACGAUCAAAAUGCAAGGUGCCACCUACCUGCAUCCUACAAGUACAACUGCAUCCACGAGGUCGGCCGGCUAACGUGUCCGCUCUGCACACAGCGAAACUGGCAGCAGAUCGACAACGAUCUGUGGCGCCUGGAGCAGUGGCUGCAGUUCGCCGAGAGCACCCAGAAGGCCCAGUCAGCUCCGCCCUCGAACAUCGAGCUGCUGGAGGACGUCACGCAGGACCAUCGCGAGUUCCUCCUGGAUCUGGAGAGUCACAAGUCCAUCAUAUCGUCGUUGAAUGUGGUCGGUGACCACUUGGCCACGCACACUUUGGAUACCGAGAAGGCGCGACAGCUGCGAUCUCGUCUAGAGGCGGACAAUGAGCGCUGGAACAAUGUGUGCAUCAAUGCCACCAAAUGGCAAGGUCUUCUCCAGACCGCCCUGAUGGGCAACAGCGAGUUCCAUCAGACCAUCGAUGAGCUGGUGGAGUGGCUGCAGCGCACCGAGCAGAACAUCAAGGCCUCCGAGCCCGUCGAUCUCACCGAGGAGCGCUCCGUUCUGGAGACCAAGUUCAAGAAGUUCAAGGAUCUGCGUGCCGAACUGGAGAGAUGCGAACCUCGGGUGGUCAGCCUGCAGGAUGCCGCCGAUCAGCUGCUCCGCUCCGUCGAGGGCUCCGAGCAGCAAUCGCAACACACCUACGAGAGAACCCUUUCCAGAUUGACCGAUCUCCGGCUGCGUCUCCAGUCCCUGCGUCGUCUAUCCGGCAUCUAUAUCGUCAAACUAGGUGCCGUCCUCGGCUACGAGGGCGACAAUCUCGGCGUGCCACUGCACAUGUUGUCUAGUGAGCUUUUGGAUAAUACUACAUUAUCAACCUCUUCCAUGCAGGCCGCCGCACCCAACACAGAAAAUGCAAACAACACCGAUGGCGGCGAUGCUGUCGAUGGCGAUGUCAUCAAUACCACGGUUCUGGCGCGCGGUGCACGAUUCCUAGGCCGCGUUGCACGUGCCUCGCUGCCCAUUCAGGCGCUCAUGUUGCUGCUUUUAGGUGUGGCCACCCUGGUGCCCCACGGUGAGGACUACACCUGUAUGUUCUCCAACACCUUCGCGCGCAGCCUGGAGCCCAUGUUGUCGUAUCCCCACGGACCGCCACCCACGUAAGGUUGUCGAGUUGCAAUUGGAUUAGUGCAAUGAAAAACGAUCAAGAACAAAGUCAAGAAACCCUAAACCCUAAGAAAGAACCCCUAAGAAAACACCCAGUUUAAAGAUGCCUUUUGAAAGCAAAAUUUGAAGUAAGAAAAAUUUAAACAAAAAAAUGUUGAAUAUCGAAAAUGGAAGAGUUGUACAUUUGUGUAGUUUAUCACAUUUUGUAAUUGUAUGUAAUUUUUAUAGUCAUUCGAUAGCUAGAGGCAUUAAUAAAACAACCAAUUUGUAUAUAACCUACAGAACCGAACAGACUCGACAAGCCGAACAUGAAACACGUAAAAGAAUUGAAUAAAAUUAAAAAUAAACAGUAUGAACUAACUAUUCAAACUAACGACACGUAACGAAAACCUUUUGUAAAACGAUAUAUACAUUAUACAUAUAUAUUUGCACAGCAAACAAUUUAUAUAUUCAUAUAUAUCCCACGUAUAUGAUCCCAAGAAAACUAUAGAGAACCCAAACAUUUUGUAUAUAAAAAUAUCUAAGCUAAAACGAAAUCAAAAUACGCACACGAACAUUUUACUCAUCGACGCACGUUUUCGCAUUUAGAGAGAUCCUGGGCAUCAGGAAAUUGCGAUCAGCAUCCUACCAAUUUCGUGGAACAUUUUUGCAGGAUAUGAUCUCAAGUUCCUGCUGCCAGUGAUGGGCUAGAAAGGCAAACGAAUCCCAAGACAAAAUCAUGACCCACAUAGACCAAUCGCUUGGAGAUCCUCAUGGCAAGCAAUGUCCCUAGUUUGCAGCGCGUCCUUCUCCCAAACUCAGGACGAUGCUGUCAACAGUGGGCAAUGACCUCCAUUUGGACUCCAGCUCAUAAAGAGCCUCCGUGUCAAAAAGGAUCACUCUACCCAAGGCCAAGAUCUCUCCCACGGCCGAGGGUUAGAUGGUAAAGCAGCCAGUGCGCCAGCCACAGGACACUGGGCUCGAAUCCAAUCCUUGAACUCCAUCCCAACACUGGGGGCUAGACAUUUCAAGCAUUCCUGAUACUCAUUUCCAAAUUACCAAUAGACAUUGACCAUCGAAGCCAGCUCUCAAAGAAAAGAAAAUGGAAAACGUGCGUGCCACGAGCAUUGAACAAAACGAAGCAAGUGUCCUAUGCCGGUGCUAAACCAACCUACAAAUUUUCUGUAUAAAGAAAAAAUGUAAAA